CGGAGGAGGAGGGACCUCUCUCCGUCCCCGCCUCCGCUCAAGUUUCGCCCAGAACUUUUGUUUUGGGUCAGCGGUCUUCGGCUCGGAGAGGGCGAUUUUCUGCGGCGGCGUCUUCUGUGCGCCCCGGGGACUCUUCGCCCGGCAGCUCCGGAGGGAAACCCGGCUUUGGAGGUGGCCUGGUGGGGCUGGAGCGGGGCCAGCGGGGGACCCGGCGGUGCCCAGAUCGGACGCUUGCCAAGCCCGCUUCCAAGUCGCCAUGGGAGGCUUUUGGGGGCUGCUGCUGGUGGCGUCAGCCUUUUGCGCAAAAGGUAAGGCGCCUCUUUCCCCUCCCGCGUUCGGUUACGCGUCCGAAGUGCUGGAACAGGAGUUAGUUGGAUGUCGGAAAGGUGUUGUUGGGGGGGCUCGGCAGGGUUACCCCGUCUUCCAACUCUUCGUUUUGGAGGGUGUCUCAUUCCCUCGCAUUUGGUGGGCUCCAGAAAGGCGCUGGGACUCGGGGUGGGGGGAACGUCAUCCCUCCACCCUCCUGCGCUUUGCGCGAAAAGGGAGUUUGCAAAAGUGGGUUGGGGGGGGAGAGAGGAUUACUUUUGUCCUCGCUUUUAAUCCGAGCACAGCUCGGGCUUGGCACCUGCCUGUGAAUGAAGAGAGAGAGAGAGAGAGAGAAAGAAAGAAAGAAAGAAAGAAAGAAAGAAAGAAAGAAAGAAAGAAAGAAAGAAAGAAAUCUCUGAGGGGGAUCAGAGAUUGGUUGCCUCCAUCUCUUCUUAUACAUCCCUUGGAAUAGUGUUUUCUCGAGUAGAGAGACCUUAACUUCCAGGCAAGGUUUUUAAAAGGGUGGUAUUCAGCGAAGGUUUUACUCGUUGGAAUGAACAAACCCGAUUAAGGCAGGUCCAUUCCUUUCGGUAGGUCUGAGUACCAACCCCAACUUUCCAUAAAUUAAGCCCACAAAACACACUCUCUCUCCUUGCUCUGGCCACAGUUUCCAUUGCAUAUGUGGGAGCAGUGCAUGGCCAUUGGUUCCUUUUGAACAGUCAUUAGGAAUACAAUGAAUUCCUAAAUUUAGUGUGCAAAUGUAUACAGAGAUAAACACAGUGUGUAGCUGCUAUAGAUAACUGACCCGGUGUGGGUGUGCGGCUGCUUUGGGGAGCACAGUGGGAUGAAGAAAGCUGUUGGACAUCUCUCUUCCUGCCUGGCACUUCUGUUCCAUCCAAUUGACUUUGCCCGGAAUCCCCUCCUGAUGUUUGCUCCAGCCAUGGAUCACAUCUUCUCCCCCCUGGCAGCCUUCACAGGAAGGGUGGAGCCAAGCAGGCAGAGGGGAACUUACUUUUAUUUAUUUGUUCAUCUCAGUCAUUUAUGUUCCUGCUUAAUUGUUUACGUUUCUAAGCGGCGUACGCAUGAACAAUCCACAGAAAAUGGGACAAUAAAACAAAACAAAAUUGUUGCAAAACCAAGAAGUUGCUGUGGACAGAAAUAGCCGUAGAUUACUAUCCUUGCAGUGGAUUGCAUGCAUACCUUCUCAACCUGCCUUAAAGGGCUGCAUUGCACAAUGUGCUUCUAAUCCAAGUGAUAUGGUCAGUGGUUACAGUAUAGCUCAGCUGUGAAACUCGUUGGGUGGUCUGCCUCUCACCUUCACCUACGCUCACAAGAUUUUUGUGAGCUUUGUUAAAAAAAGGGGGGGGAAGAUUCUCAUCUGAGUUUCUUGGAGGCCCUAGAUAUACAUACACACUGCAGCGGGAUGUGUGCACCAAAUAAACUCACUCCUUAACAAGGCAUGUACUGUAUGUUACAAGUUGCACAUGCAAAGAACUGAAAUUACAGUGGUACCUCGGGUUCAGAACUUAAUUCGUUCUGGAGGUCUGUGCAUAACCUGAAACUGUUCUUAACCUGAAGGUUAGCGGAGUCUGUAACCUGAAGCAUCUGUAAUCUGAGGUACCACUGUAUAUAAUGCUCUGCGGCACAUCUGCAUAUGAUAGGAAUUGCAUGCCACAUAGAGCAAAUCCACACUGUAUAUUAAAGCACAUUCAGUGCCCAUGACCUCCCCCACAGCAUCCCUGGAACUGUCAUUUGCUAAGAGUGCUAGGAAGUGUAGCUCUUUGAGGUGUGAACUACUGUUCCCAGUAUUCUUUGUCCAGGGAAACUGUAUUCGACUCCUAACAUAACAUUCAGUGUGGUUUACUCUGGUGAAGUCAUAGCACCAGCGUUGUGUCCUUUUCUGGCACCUGGCGUGCACCUGGCGUGCACACAUGUACAGUGGUACCUCGGGUUACAGACGCUUCAGGUUACAGACUCCGCUAACCCAGAAAUAUUACCUCGGGUUAAGAACUUUGCUUCAGGAUGAGAACAGAAAUUGCACGGCGGCGGCGCAGCGGCAUCAGGAGGCCCCAUUAGCUAAAGUGGUACCUCAGGUUAAGAAUAGUUUCAGGUUAAGAACGGACCUUCGGAAUGAAUUAAAUUCUUAACCUGAGGUACCACUGUACAGUGGUACCUCGGGUUACAUAUGCUUCAGGUUACAGACUCCGCUAACCCAGAAAUAGUACCUCGGCUUAAGAACUUUACCUCAGGAUGAGAACAGAAAUUGCGCGACGGCGGUGCAGCGGCAUCAGGAGGCCCCAUUAGCUAAAGUGGUACCUCAGGUUAAGAAUAGUUUCAGGUUAAGAACGGACCUCCAGAACAAAUUAAGUUCUUAACUCGAGGUACCACUGUAUUAGGUGGGACCAGAGGCUGGGCAUGGAGGGUAAACAAAACCCAACACGCCCAGCCCAACCCUUACCCCUGCCGGGCAGGUGUGGGGCAAGGAGGGUUCACAGGGCUGCGCUGCCUGCCUGCCCAUGCAGGGGAAAACUAGACCAGUUGACAUAGCCCUUUGUGGGCGCAUCCCCCCAGCACUUGCUGGGCAGUCAUUCACCAAGGGGGCUCGGUCCGUGGCGGGAAGGCCAGGCCAGGCUCCGGGGCCCAGAGACCCCCACCAGCAGGCAGGUUAGAGAUCCCUGCAUGGGGGUGCCUGGUUCGUGCCCUCUCAAAAUCAUGUUCUUCGGGCUCCAGCCCCUGGCUCUCCCCACGCUACACCCCUGAGUCAUGGCAUAGACACAAUCUCGCCUAUAACAGAAGUGAAACGGAAGUAAAACUUGGAUUUUUACAAGUGCCCCUUAAUGUUUGUUCCGCAUUGGAAUCAGUCCUUUAGUGGGCAGAGCUUAAAGUUUGGAACUCCCUGCCUUUUGGCAUUAGGCAGAAGUCAACACUACAUUGUUUUGAAAGCUUCCUGAAAAACCUACCAACGCAUAUCUUUCCAUUACCUAUACAGUGGUACUUCUGGUUGCAAACAGGAUCCGUUCUGGAGUCCCGUUCGCAACAUGAGCAGAAUGCAACCCGCGUGUGCGCGGGUCGCAAUUCGCCACGUCUGCGCAUGCGCAUGACAUCAUUUUGCACGUCUGUGCAUGCGCGAGCGGCGAAACCCAGAAGUAACCCUUUCCGGUACUUCCGGGUCAUUGCGGGAUGCAACCUGAAAUCGUGCAACCUGAAGCAAACGCAACAUGAGGUAUGACUGUAUUCAUUUUUUAAAGUUUUACUGGUUUUAUAGGUGUAAUUUUCACAAGUGAAAAGGGAUUGGUUUCUAAACCACUCUGAGAAUUGUCGUUCCAUGGAGAGAAUAGGGUCCUCUCAGAAACCCUUGGCAAACUACAGCUCCCAGGAUUCUUUGGGGGAAGCCACGACAGUUUAAAGUGGUACCAUACUGCUUUAAAGGCAUAGUGCAGAUGGGGAAAGAGACUUGCUUGGCUUGUACUUGUGCUUGACUGGUUUUUAUUUUUUUCACAGAAACAUGGUUCACACAUUAUGGCACUGUGGGUGUCUUUUGCCCUUUAACAGUGGGGGCUGCAAAUCCUUGAGUAGCCAUGCAUGAGCAAUUGGGACGAACGUUCACAAUUCUUCACAGGCAAAGUUCAAGCAAAAAGUUUAGUUAAUUAUUAAGCAUAUUCAGGCGUGCUGCAUUUCAGUUUUUGCUGAACAGCACUUACUCAUUUGCUGCUCGGGCACACAGCGCAAAUCCCUCCUGUUUUCUCUCUGUAGAAUGGAUGGCCACAAUUUCCAGAGCUACAAAUUGGAGAAUAGUUUUAACUAUCAAUCCCUCUUCUGAGGUAACUCUACAAACUGUAGCUCUGUGAGGAUACCAGCACCCUCUUGGCACCUUUAACAAACUAUAGUUCCCAUGAUUUUGGGGCGAAGCCAUGGCUGUUGGUAUGAUACUGUUUAAAAUGUACAGGGCAGAUGGGCCUAGCACAGCUAGCCCUCUGGGUUGGUGGAGUGAAAUCCUAUGAGGAAAAGUUGAUGUUGAUGGAUCUGUGUAACCCAGAGAAUUAGGACAGCUGAGAAGGAGAAUGAUAGCAGCACUCUUCAAAUCCCCGGAGGGCUGCCCCAUAAAAGAGGGCAACGGCUGGUACUCCUCUCCCCCAGAGGGACAGAAUGGACUUCAGUUACAGGAUGAUAUAUUUUGGUUGAACUCAGCGUUUGAAACUCCAGCACCAAAUGGCUCCUUAAACCAGGGCUACUGUCACCAAAACAGAACGCCCAAUAAAAACGAAUAGACUCCCAAAUAUGCCAUUCCUAUUUCAGACCAUACCUAUAGUUGAUGAUAUUCAAAAUUUUAAGAAAUGGCAGAAAGAUAUAUCUUAAGUUUAUUUGGCAGGGAAGAAAACCCAGGAUAAAACAAAAAAUUAUAAUUGACACCAAAGAGAGAGGUGGUUUUGCCCUCCCUGACUUACAGUGAUACUUUGACGCAUCAUGUUCAUGCUGGUUGAAAGAAUGGAUCUUACUAAAGAACAGCCACCUGUUAAACCUGGAAGGGCAUGAUCUAAAAUUUGGAUGGCAUGUAUGCCUGUAGUACAGGAAGUCUAGGAUAUAUAAGAGCUUUUCAAACCACGUAAUCAGGAAAAAUCUCUUUUGGGUAUGGGGGAAAUAUAAAAACCUAUUAGAAAGGAAAACACUGAUGUGCCUGGCAAGAAGAAGCCCUGGUAAGGGGGGAAAAAUAACAUACAGACAGACUGGAGUACAUAUAAAGGUAAAGGUAAAGGGACCCCUGACCGUUAGGUCCAGUCGUGGCUGACUCUGGGGUUGCGGCGCUCAUCUCACUUUACUGGCCGAGGGAGCCGGCAUACAGCUUCCAGGUCAUGUGCCCAGCAUGACUAAGCCGCUUCUGGCGAACCAGAGCAGUGCACGGAAACUCAAUUUACCUUCCCUGUUUAUCUACUUGCACGUUGGCGUGCUUUCAAACUGCUAGGUUGGCAGGAGCUGGGACCGAGCAAAGGGAGCUCACCCCAUCACAGGGAUUCAAACCGUGACUUUCUGAUCGGCAAGUCCUAGGCUCUGUGGUUUAACCCAUAGUGCCACCCGCGUCCAUGGAGUACAUAUAGAGACCUGCUAAUUGUCACUGGGGAGGAUUACAAAUUGAAAGAGUAUGGAGAGAUAAAAGAUCAUGUGACAGAUUGGUUAUGUUAUCAACAGUUGAGUGCAAUAUUUAAGCUUGAUUGAAAAAUAUGGAUUUGCAGAAAAGAAUUCGCAGGUUGAAAAGGCGCUAUUAGGAUCCAGGGUCAAAAUAUUAUCUAAAAUGUAUAACUUAUUAUUUGAGUGGGAUACGUGGAGGCAGGCUGUGUUUGAGAGAGGGUAGUGCCCCAUUUGCCCCAAUGGCCCAGCCUUCACUGAGGUCCCUUCCUGAAAAUCUGUAUUCCAUCGUGCAGUGUAGACAAAGGCAAGAUGCUGCAGGUAAGGGGAGAUUUAAAAAGUGUGUAGCCUUGUUGAGAAUGUUGGAACACAAAACUUGACAAAACCGUGUGUCUUAAUUUGCAGGUCCUGUUGAAGCGAAACAAGAAGCAAAGGGAUUCAACUCGUUGGCACCCAUAAAACCACAUUCACCUUUAAAGGACUCGAAUGGCGCACACCGAUUUCCCCGCUCCUUGGAGGUCAGGAUAAAUAGCACUCCCACAAUCUAUGCACCGACACGUCCCGUAGACUCCAAUACUGUGAAAACGAAUAAGCUCACGUCUAUGGAAGGCAACACUGCUCACCCUCUUGGGUCGUUUAAAUUCAACCCUACAGUAGGAAGUAUCGUGGUUGCUGAGCACAUGGACAUAAAGUUUAAUUGCUCUAUCAGUGUUCCUAAAUGGCUAAUCAACCACGACUCGGUGCACAUUUCCUUGUCGAAGAAUGGGAAGGAGCUUGUUGGCGCCGAUAGGAUAGCCAGCCAGUAUUUUCAGUUGGAUGACAACGAAGUGACCACCAUGAUAUCUACUUUCAAGUAAGUAACCUCUGUGCAGUUCAAAAGUCCGGUCAGCAGCUGCUUAAUAUCUUGAAAGUAUGGAAAAGCACAAAAGGGACACCAGUGGCACAGUGGGUUAAACCACAGAGCCUAGAACUUGCCGAUCAGAAGGUCAGCGGUUCGAAACCCCGUGACAGGGUGAGCUCCCGUUGCUCAGUCCCUGCUCCUGCCAACCUAGCAGUUCGAAAGCACGUCAAAGUGCAAGUAGAUAAAUAGGUACUGCUCUGGCAGGAAGGUAAACAGCGUUUCCGUGUGCUGCUCUGGUUCACCAGAAGUGGCUUAGUCAUUUAUUUUUUUCAUUACUAGGACUGUUUUAUAAAAUUGAUGAAUGUUAGAAAAAUGUUGGAAUGAAAUUAUUUGGCUUUAGUAAAAAUGUUUAAAGAAUUAUGUAAGAAUAUUAUGGUUAUGAGAAGCUGGUAAAAAUAAGAUUUAAGUUUUAAGUUCCAAGGUUUUUUAUAGUAAGAUAAGAUUAAAAUAGUUUAAGGUAAUGUAAUGACAGAAUAUUAUGAAAUAUGGAAAGGAUUUGCUGUGACAGUUAACAACCAGGACACAAGGAAGGGGAGGAGGAGGAGGUCAAGGAAAGAGGGUAAUGACAGUUGAGGAGUUGAGAAUAAUGGAUUUGUUUUUAAAUGUUUUUAAAUUUUUGUGGUGUAUUUUUGUUUUUUUCUCUUUUAUUUUGUGUAUUUGUAUGGUUGGAAGUGGCUUGUUUUUCUCUUUUUCUACUUUGUUUUCUUUUGUAACUUAAAAAAAAAAAUUCUUUCAAUGAAUAUCAUUUAAAAAAAAAAAAAACAGAAGUGGCUUAGUCAUGCUGGCCACAUGACCCGGAAGCUGUCUGUGGACAAAUGCCGGCUCCCUCGGCCUAUAGAGCGAGAUGAGCGCACAACCCCAGAGUCAGUCAUGACUGGUCCUAAUGGUCAGGGGUCCCUUUACCUUUAUCCUUUAUGGAAAAGCAUGAGUUAGAAUCAUAAAGCCUCAGGAGACUUAGGACAUGAGUAGAAUGUGUGCUUUUAUUUAAAAUGCAUCUCUGGAUUAUUUCUGGGGCAUAGGAAUUCGUUCAUUCCCCCCCCCCCAAGUAUAGUCUGACCCCCCACAAGGUCUGAGGGACAGUGGACCAGCCCCCUGCCGAAAAGGUUGGCUGACCCCUUGUCUACCUGAAUUGUAACAAAUGCCUGCAUUGAUGCAAUUUUGGCACUUGCUGAAAACUCUUUUUUUCUUGCGCCUUUACUGGCCACUCCAUGGCCCAGUAAGGACACUGAAACCAACAGAUUGACCCCACGUAACCUUAACAUGGCCAAUUAGUUUGUUUUGAUGCAAAGGCACACUUUUUCACCAGUGUUGUAUUUAAGCAGGGACUGCAUUCCAUGGGAUACUGCAUCUUAAUUGGCAUUCCACUGGCCUCCGAAGAUGCACCUGUUUACUCUGAUGUCUUUACCAUCAAUCAAUCAUUUUAUUCAUAUACCACCUUUCUAAAGUUAAAACUGUGUUCAAGGCAGUUUAUAGCAUAUAAAAAAAAUUACAUAACUGCAAACAUAACAAUAGUAGUCUUGAAGAAUAAACAAAAUAUCAAAUUGAACCAAACCAACCAAAUCGAACAAUUUCCACAUAAAUCAGCAGAUACAAAAUAGCAGGUACAAAAAUUCCACAGAGACAACCUGCCCCCAACAAAACUUCCUAAACAACAGCCCCGUCCAAGAUUCUGUUCAGCAGCCUCAUAUUUUGUAGCUGGAGUCAGUCCGGGCCUUGCCCUUCCAGGCCAGGUGGGAAAAGGCUUGCAAAGGAAGGGAGCAGGUCUUCCAGGACUCAUAGCCAAGAGCCUGCUGUUUUUAUUGCUGUGCUAUUUUAUUGCACAUUUUAAUCAUGGGCAGUUAUAUUUUAAUGUUUCAAUUGAAUCAUUUUAUUGUGUAUUUUAAUUAUAGUAUAUUUUAAUUAUCCCAUAAUUUAACAAUCGUGUGCAAUUAACUUUUAUGUCUUCUUGGCACUCGGUAGUAUUGAAUAAUAAUAAUACCAUCCAUUGGUUUCUUAUUACCGGUAACUUACUGGCCAUUCUAUUUUGAAUUGCAAUUUUAUUGUUCUUUUUUGUGGGGGUGGGGAUACACUGUCUUCUUACCAUGUAUGAAAGGUGGAAUAGAAUUUUUUUCAUAAUAAAAAACCCAAAUUUUAAGUCUUUCCUCCACUUCUCCCAUGCAGUAUACCCAAUGUCCUACGCUCUGAUAAUGGGUCCUACACCUGCAAACUGAAAAUCAACAGCGAAGAAAUCGUGUCAGAUCCUAUUUUGGUUUUGUUGGAAGGUAUGCUUAGAUUUGAAAGAAAGCACUUGAUAAUGUAAAACUGUGGAUGAAUAGCUAGCUUGGGAGAUUUUGUAUAACAAAUAUGAGAGUGACUAUUCUGAGAGAACUGGAAAGGGGAAAAAUGAACUAAAUGCAGAACCAAUUUGGGAAAUUGCAGACAAACCUGGAGGAAGAUGCCAUUUUCAGGCAAUUUCUCCCCAUUAUCUUCCGGCAAAUCCACAUGGCGUAGCCUACAAAGGUCAGUAGAUCGCCCCGAUCCUGUGGAGAAGCUUUUUGAAGAGUAAAGGGAUCUGCAAGAGGGAGAAGGGGAGAGAAAAGACCCCUUGUAUGAACGGUCUUCCGUUUGCAACCCAUGUUACGUUCAAAAAGGCAUAUACAGUAUUUUAUCCAUCUGCUUCCAGAACAGAGGGCAGGCAUCCUUGUUUGAACUGCAGGAUAGCCUGGUCAGUAUUGCCUCUUGGCUUCUCACUUUCCCUAUGUCCAGGUAGUCAGGAUCAUGCUGCAAUCCAUACCUGGGAGUGUAACUUCCUUCUUGAGUAGAAGUGCACAGAGUUGUGCCAUCAGAGGCAGAAUCGUGUUUUCUGGACAGUUCACCCGUGCUUGUGAACUGUAGUGGGGCUUCCUCAAGGAAACCCUCUCUUUAGACCAGGGAUAAGGAAUCUGGGACUCUUUCCAUGCAGUGGUAACUUUUGAAGUGUUGGGAGCAAAUCACAGUGGCCACUCCAAGCCACAAAUUCAGGAUGCUCCAUUGAUCUCAGUGGUGCUUAUUUCUGAUUCCACGGGGUCGACUUCUCAAACGCUUUAGCAAAAGAUACGUCAUCAGUUCGCGUUUCUAAUUAAAAGCUUUCUUGCAAAAGAAGUGUUACCAUUUAAAAUGGUAGGGGGCAGGGGGAAGCCCAUCAAAGAAAAGGAAAGAAGUGUCUACCUUGUACUUAUUUGUCUCUUUCUCGCCCUUCUUUUAUGCUAAAGCCUCAUUAUCACCUCGGUUCACUUGCCAGAGGAGCAAGGAGGGUCUGCCAGUUGCCCUUGGCUCUCCGGCAGAUGACAUACCGUAUUUUUCGCUCUAUAGGACGCACCUUUUCCCCUCCAAAAAUGAAGAGGAAAUGUGUGUGCGUCCUAUGGAGCGAAUGCAGGCUUUCGCUGAAGCCUGGAGAGCGAGAGGGGUCAGUGCGCACCGACCCCUCUCACUCUUCAGGCUUCAGGCAGCUAUCCGCAAGCCUUCGGAGUGUGGGAGUUGGCGCUGCGCUCGCCGGGCUUCAGGCAGCCAUCCGCAAGCCUUCUGAGUGUGGCGGGAGUUCCCGCUGCGCUCCGAAGGCUUGCGGAUAGCUGCCUGUUCUGGGGGCUGGGGUCGGGGGAAGCUCGGGCUUCCCCUGUCCCUAGCCCUGCAAGCUCUGGGAGCGGCGGCGAGGUUGUGCGCAAUUUUGCCACCGCUCCUGGAUCGGGGGGGGGGAGAAUAAUUCCCCCCCUUUAUUUCCGCCCCUAAAAACUAGGUGCGCCCUAUGGUCCAGUGCGCCCUAUGGAGCGAAAAAUACGGUAAUUGCUCUUGCUCUGAAAAAAAAACCCAGGAUACACACACAAAUACCCUGGUUCCAGAUUUGAAGUUUGCCAUGAUGGGAUCAUCCCUAUUGAUCUGUGUCGUUACAGUUUGCUCUUUGGAGUUUGCACUUGGUCGCUUAAGUCUGCCUAACCAUCCUUUCUCUUGUUGCGUUGCAGGACUGCCGUAUUUCAUUAAGCAGCCCCAGGGGCUGAACGUGACCCGGAACACGCCCUUCAAUCUCACCUGCCAUGCUGUGGGGCCCCCUGAGCCCAUUGCGAUUCACUGGCAUUGGAACAGCAGCCAAAUUACCAAGAAAGCUGACAUUUCUCCGUCUGUCUUGGCCGUGCCAGGUGAGCCGAAUAGUUUUUGAGACAAGUCCGUUUGAUGGGCUCUUGCGCCUUUAGUUGGUAUGUUGAAGAAGGAGUUUCGUCAGGUGUUGCUUGCUGUGCAUUAAAGAUGCAGGAGCUCUCUGUAACCGGAUGCCAUCCAAAUACUUUGGACCACAGCAUCCAGCAUCUCUGACUGUGGACCAUUUUGUCUGGGCUUCUGGGAACUGAAGGCUGGGGAAGGCUGUUCUACAGAGCUAUUGCUGGGGGAAAAGGAGGGCCCCUUGUGGCAUUUUUUCCCCUUGAGAUAGCCACACAAUUUCCUUGGUUUAGGGGAUUGUUAUAAUGGGUGUGGUCCCUUCAAGUGGCUUAUCUGGUUCUUACCAAAGCCUUUGAGAAAAUCGUUUCAGUAUUGCAGAAUGUGGUAGGCAUUUCCUUUUUUUAAACCAUUUUUAAAUAGCUUGGCUAAUUUUCUCAGUGAAGUCACUUUCAAGGUUUGAGAACUCGAAGAGAGAAAGAAGACGAACUCCAGUUAACCAGGGAUUGCCUUAGAUUGCAGUGUUUCUUUUGAGCUUUACUUUCUGCUGACCUGAAUGAAAUCUCGCCUCGUUCCAUGGCCGCACGUCUUGUUUUCUGAAGCGAGCUGCUGCUUAUCUUGCUUGGCUUUCAGCCAAAGGCCUUGCAAACUGCAUGCUUGGGAAAUCUGAGGUUCUUCAGAAAUUUAUUCGGAGUUGCAGGAAGAAGGCUGGAAACCUCACAUCAGUAACAGCUGUUUGGCAGUCGAAGAAACUGCCUUGGCACAAUGGUGAGGACUCUCCAUACUGGAGGUAUUAAGCAGGGUUGGGCAGUCAUAUUUCAGGGGUGUUGUAGCUGCGCGAUUCCUCCAUUGACCUGGAGGAUGGACUAGAUGACAGCAAGGAACCCAACUCUAGCUUCCUGUGCUUCUGUCAGUCUUGUAAAUUAGACGUACCAAAGUUACUAGCCUGCCAAGAGACUAGUCUGUGUUUUCAUGCUGGUCAUUGAGGAGAACUUUUAUCUAACAUGGAAGUGCAAGCUGCUAGUCUCUUAGCAGGCUAGUUUUAAAAUUGCCUUCUUCCAAGGAGGAGGAGGGAUGGGUGGAUUAAGAAAUGAAAUGGAUCAGAAUUUAAGGCAACGUUAAAUUAUCUAACUUUGGGUACGUGAUUCCAAGUGUGGUAUUUUAAUCUUCCCAUGAUUCAGCUGGAAUGAGGAGAACCUUCCGCUGAGUUAUCCCUGGAGAGAUACAGAUUUUUGGCAGGGGGGGAAAGUUGCAGACCUUAAAACAUCAGGAAAACUCCUGCUGUUUAAACUCUGCAAAGUUUUUCUUGGUUUUAUUUUUUUAAAAAAUAAGUAAAAGAAGGAAGUUGUCUUUUUAAAAAUCAGGUCACCCCAGCCAUCUACAAAUAACUCUGUCCACCCACCAGCCAGACUGCACAGCACUUCCCACAGGAGGAGAAGCCACAAGGCGAAUUCUGCCAAGCCUUGCUGCUUGUUCAGCUCACAUCAGUUUCAGCAAGGGCUUGGAUGGAAUAAUGCCCCACUAAAAGGGAGGGCAACAACAGGGCUGGGUGGAUCACAUUGUUUCUGCAAAGGACAAGCUGUUCUUUUUACACCCAAGCAACAUAAAGGGGGGGGGGAUCCUCAGUUGUCUCUUCUGCUUUUGGCUUUGUUGCUUCUCAAGAAGUGAAUCUUACCUCUGCCCAAAGCCAGAGCCUUCCAUCUUAGGUGGAACUCAGCUGGCCAGAUGGGGGAGGGGGAAGACAAGGCUUCUGUACCUUUAAUAGCUGGCUACCUGGUGAACAUCCAUCUUCUGCACACAACUAUUAAAGGUAUAAGAGCCCUGUUCUCUUUUCCAUCUGGCCACCCUAGGUAGAGUUUUAAGUAGAAUGAAUGAAUGGAAAAGCAGUGGUUAUACAGUGGUACCUCAGGUUACAUACGCUUCAGGUUACAGACUCUGCUAACCCAGAAAUAGUACCUCAGGUUAAGAACUUUGCUUCAGGAUGAGAACAGAAAUCGUGCUCUGGCAGCGUGGCAGCAGCAGGAGGCCCCAUUAGCUAAAGUGGUGCUUCAGGUUAAGAACAGUUUCAGGUUAAGAACGGACCUCCAGAACGAAUUAAGUACUUAACCCAAGGUACCACUGUAGUAGGGACGCGGGUGGCACUGUGGGUUAAACCACAGAGCCUAGGACUUGCCGAUCAGAAGGUCGGCGGUUCAAAUCCCUGCGACGGGGUGAGCUCCCGUUGCUCGGUCCCUGCUCCUGCCAACCUAGCAGUUCGAAAGCACAUCAAAGUGCAAGUAGAUAAAUAGGUACCGCUCCAGCGGGAAGGUAAAUGGCGUUUCCAUGCGCUGCUCUGGUUCGCCAGAAGCGGCUUAGUCAUGCUGGCCACAUGACCCGGAAGCUGUACGCUGGCUCCUCAGCCAAUAAAGCGAGAUGAGCGCCGCAACCCCAGAGUUGGUCACGACUGGACCUAAUGGUCAGGGGUCCCUUUACCUUUACCUUUUAUCACUGUAGUAACAAAAAACUUGUAUUGCCCUUUCUACAAGCCUAAGUGUCUAGAAAACACAUGUUCGAGUGCCGAUUGGAAGAAUGUCCUGAGUAAGUGUGUAUAGGAUAGCCUUACAAUACAAUCCUAUGCAAGUCUACUCAAAAGUAAGUUCCAUUGCAUUACAGGCAGCUCACUUGGGCAGAGGGGAAACCUCUUUCCUUCUGCCUUCAGAAAACCCAGUCAGCAAGCCCGGGUUUAGGGGUGUAAUCCUGAAAUGCGAAACCAGUGGCCCUCCAGAUGUUAUUGGACUCCAGCUCUCUUCAGACUUAGCCAGCAUGGCCAAUUGACAAGGAAGAUGGCAGUCGUGGUCCCAAUAAGAUAUGGUAGCCCACAGCCCCUCCCCUGCCUGGUGUAACCUCUGCCUUUGUCCUCUCCUGAUGCUUUGGACUCCUGCCAGCUAGUUUAUAACAUGGGUAGGCAAACUAAGGCCCGGGGGCCAGAUCUGGCCCAAUUGCCUUCUAAAUCCGGCCCACAGUUGGUCCAUGAAUCAGCGUGUUUUUACAUGAGUAGAAUGUGUGCUUUUAUUUAAAAUGCAUCUCUGGGCUAUUUGUAGGGCAUAGGAAUUCAUUCAUUUCCCCCCCCAAAAAUAUAGUCCAGCCCCCCACAAGGUCUGAGGGACAGUGGACUGGCCCCCUACUGAAAAAGUUUGUUGACCUGUAGUCUAUAACAUCUGGAGGCUACCAAGCUGGGGAAGGCUGCUGCUGUAAAAGCAACCGAGCUGGCAGUGUGGUGUAGUGGUUAAGAGCGGUAGAUUCGUAAUCUGGGGAACCGGGUUCGCGUCUCUGCUCCUCCACAUGCAGCUGCUGGGUGACCUUGGGCUAGUCACACUUCUCUGAAGUCUCUCAGCCCCACUCACCUCACAGAGUGUUUGUUGUGGGGGAGGAAGGGAAAGGAGAAUGUUAGCUGCUUUGAGACUCCUUAGGGUAGUGAUAAAACGGGAUAUCAAAUCCAAACUCUUCUUCUUCCUCUCUUGUUCACUGACAGUUUGUCAGACAUUCUCCAUUUCAUGACUUUGUUCUCCGCUUGGCCAUAUCUACAGCAGACGGCAUGGGCAGGUUUUUAAAUAGCUCUGUCAAAGUGUUCAAUCACUUCUUUGGCAAAGGGAAAUAAUUUUACGAAAAGAAAAGAAAAUGAGCCCGUCUUUCCCACGAAGAAUCUCCCUUGCGGUUAGCAAAGUGCCACACUCGAGAUGUUUAUCCAAAUCGUCACAAACAACACCUGGGAGUCGGGUUUCUUUCUGUGGUCUUGUGUUCAAGAAGGAAGCCGAGUUGGAGGAGAAGUGGUUUCAAUGACGUUUUCUUUCUUCCUCUGUCACAUUCCUGUUGGCCACCUUGCUGAGAUUCUCGUUUUGUUCCGCCUUACUUUGAUUUUAUGAUUUAUAGCCUUGUUUUAAUUGGGUUGCAGGUCUUAACGAAACCGCUGUUUUCCACUGCGAAGCUCAUAACGUGAAGGGUGUGGCUACAUCGACGGAAGCCCGAAUCAAUAUAAAAGGUCAGCCAUAAGUAUGACAUGAGCUUGAUUGUUCCCGCUAAAGCUUUGCUGGUGCACGCCUGCAAUUCUUGACUACUUCCAACUUGCUCAGGUUCAGAUAUUCUGUGAUGAGCACAAGGGGAGUGUUGAGAACCUGCCUGUAUAUCAGUGGGAAGCUGCGCCAAUUUCUGGACAGCAUUUGGUCUGCGUGAUUUCUCAACAAUUGUCGUUAGCGAUGAGGUGGAGCCUGAAAGAUGAUUCAGACUGAAAUUUGCAGAUCUGUCAUUAUGACUCCCAACGUUCAUGUGGAAAAUAAGAUAAGGCUCUUGCACCUUUCGUAGUAGGCCCAAACACUAUCUUAAAAUACUUGCUGGAAUAAGUGAUUUUUUUUAUUAUUGAACAGCAUUUCUGCAUGCUAACUUCCCUAAGACACAUACUUUUUAAAAUCUUUGUUGGAAGCCACCCAGAGUGGCUGGGGAAACCCAGCCAGAUGGGUGGGGUACAAAUAGUUAUUGUUGUUGUUGUUAUUAUUUUAUGCAUACUAAUAGACACAUAUCUGUACACUGCAUUUGCUUGGGGGACUGCCACCACAAAAUCUGGAAGAGUGACCAUUUAGAAUAGCUGUGUUUCAGUUUGUGCACUGUUUCGGGAAGAGCAAUUUAGGGAAUUUUGGGUCAAAAGGCAAACAAGUUUGCCCCAAGGAUGGUGUCCUGCAGUGAUGAAGGCUCCAGGAAUCUCCUACAGUGAUGGAGCAAUGGAGUCUCAGGUCCUCUUGGGUCUUCUACAGUGGAGUCUUCUGAGUCAGAGGGUACCACUGCUACAUCCUCAAGCCAAGGAAGCAUCAGUCCUGAAGGUGUGACUGAUAGGAGGAGUCUGGGGGCUAAUCCUGCAUGCCUUUCCUCUUGAGGUUCGGGGUCCUCACCUCCAUCACCCAACGGAGAGGAAUCCUUGUCCCUGACCCUGCAUGUGGAAUUUGCUGCCAAGGAGUGUGGUGGAGUCUCCUUCUUUGGAGGUCUUUAAGCAGAGGCUUGACAACCAUAUGUCAGGAGUGCUCUGAUGGUGUUUCCUGCUUGGCAGGGGGUUGGACUCGAUGGCCCUUGUGGUCUCUUCCAACUCUAUGAUUCUAUGAUUCUAUGAUGUGCUUACAGCCAUGUCAAGGCAGUGAUUCUUGCUGCCUCUGCCCUUGCAAUGUUUGGAGAAACCUCUAGGUCAGAGCUUUCCAAACCUUUUAUGUUGGUGACACACUUUUUAGACAUGCAUCAUCUCACGACACAGUAAUUCGGUUUUACUAGCAAACCGGAGGUUAAACUAACCCCUUUCCAGCCCCGGGAGGAGCGCAGGGAGCGUUUGCACAACACACAACACACAACACACCUACACACUGCAGCCGACACACUAAUGUGUCACAACACACAGUUUGGAAAGCUCUGCUCUAGGUCCUAUUUGGCUCUCAUUGAUGUCACUGGAAGCAUGAUGGGGGUCUGUUGAUUUGGGAUGGACCUGAAUAUCAAAUAGAUUGAUUUAAAUUCAUAUAUUUUAUCUGUUAUGAUUGGCCCCAAUAUACUUUGGGCAGAAGUGAAUCCUCUUGUCCCUGACUGACACACAUUGUAGGGGACUUUAUGUAGCGGGAGAGAUUUUUUUUUCAAGAUCCUGGGAUAGAUGCUCAAGUUUGUUAAGGUAUUCCAGUCAGCAGCAGCCUAAUGUAAAAAUAAAAAUCCCCUUUCCUUUCCUUUGUUUGCUCUCCAUAUAUCUUCCUAGAUUUAGGACUCAGAAAGAACACAGUUUACUUCUAAAUAAGGCAAAUUGUUAUUUUGGGUCCUUAACAGAGAUCAUACUUAGCUCUGCUUUGCUGUGUUUCUUGCAAUGUGUUCCAAAAAUAGUUCAUCAUUCUGUAAUUCCUCAAAUGGUCAACUAAUAGUUAUUCCAUUAUUUCUUUCCAACCAGUUCCACCCGCCAUAAAACAGAUUUUGAAAUGGCAUGAUUUUUUCCCCCAUUGGACCCGAGGCACAGAUCCUUAUGGAUUCUCAUCAUUUUUACAAGGGAUUCUCUCAAACCCACAAUCAUAGAUUGAUUGUUCUGUGAUUGGUUGUUUUUGUUGUCAUCCUAUUUAAAACCAUAAAGAUCUGUAAAUUGGAUCAGUGGUUUUGUGCUACUGUCAAGCACCAGAUUUUUGAUUUUUUAUUGCGCUGUCUACUGAUGUAAACUUUAAUUUGAUGCUGGCUUUUAUGGGGUGGGGAACCUUGAGCAGAAUCACACAAAUCUGUAUUUAUCCUAAUGGAUCUGACUUUUACCCAGAUUUAACUGGAAAAGCAAGCAAUAUGUCUGUGUAUGCACACAUUCUCUCUCUCUCUCUCUCUCUCUCUCUCUCUCUCUCUCUCUCUCUCUGACUCUCUUUUCUCCCUGUCAGAGUAAUGGUGACUCAGGGGAAGGGGGAGAGAAGCAAUUGGGGUGGGGGGUUGUUGCCCAAAACACUCUCUCAUGACUCCAAAUGUGUUCAAGGUUGGUGAUCCCUGAAUAAACUGGCUGCCAAGCCUUUUUUUUUAAACACACUCUUGUUUGCUCGAGACGGAUUGGCUUUUGGCUUGGAUAACACUGUUUCUAUUCUUUUUCUAAAAUUACUUGCGUUUCUAGCUUGCUCUGGGAGCUAACAGCAACUUAAAAAUAAAACUGUAUAACUCAAAAUUCAUUAAAACCAGACUGUGACGAUGUGUAGAUGUAUAGUCAGGAGCAAUGUGUGUUUGUGGGAGCAGAUGUUCCUGCACUGUCCCUUCAGCGCCUUGUCUGGAACACUCAUACAGAAGAGACCUUCAGACACUUAUUUAAAGUCCUUUAUGGGAUCUUUCCCCUCCGUAGCAGAAGAGCAACACUUAAGGUGAAAGCCAGAGUCCCAGGUAGUGGUCAGGAUGCUGCAGAGCUCAGACUGAACCCUGUGACUGUAGUGUCAUCUUCACCCAUUUUUCUUAACGGUGCUUUGAAGCUGCAAAAUCAGAGGUGGGGAACCAGUUGUGGCUGGACUAAAACUCUCAUUAUCCCUGAUCUUUAGCCAUGCUGGCUGACACGGGUGGACACUGAAGUCCACCCUCUGGAGGGCCACAGCUUUCUCAUACCUGAGCUAGAGUGUUGCGCUUAGACUCAGGAGACCUGGGUUCAAAUCCCUGCAGGCAUAAGCACUGAAGAAGAUCCCUGCAGGAUCAGGCCACUGACUAUCUAGUCCAGCAUCCUGUUCUCACAGUGCCCUGAAUGCAAUAGCACUCUCCUCUCUGCAAUGGUUGUGAGUAAAAAAGUGUGGGGUGUGUGCUUGGCAGGCCGGGAUGGGGUGAACCACGUAAACUUACCCUGAGCAUCUUGGAAGAAGGGAGAGGAGCAAAUACAAACACAAAAUCAUAUUAUACCUGAAGGAGCGUCUCCACCCCCAUCGUUCUGCCCAGACACUGAGGUCCAGCGCCGAGGGCCUUCUGGUGGUUCCCUCACUGUGAGAAGCCAGGUUACAGGGAACCAGGCAGAGGGCCUUCUUGGUAGUGGUAGCCGCCCUGUGGAACGCCCUCCCACAAGAUGUCAAAGAGAAAAACAACUACCAGACUUUUAGAAGACAUCUGAAGGCAGCCCUGUUUAGGGAAGCUUUUAAUGUUUAACAGACCACCGUAUUUUAAUACUUUGUUGGAAGCCGCCCAGAGUGGCUGGGGAAGCCCAGCCAGAUGGGCGGGGUAUAAAUAAUAAAUUAAAAUUAUUAUUAUUAUUAUUUUAUUAUUACUAAAUGUCUUUUUUGGCUGCCAUCCUAAGCACACUCCCAGACUCUUAAACCCUGCAGAAUACAGUGGAAUUUGAUUUUGAGUAAACCACCAUAUAGGAUAGUGGGCACUGUCUGGUCAUAAUUUGGCAAGCAGAUAGCUUGGCCGUUUUUAUUUCUGCCCCCUCCCCAAUGCAUAAAAUCAAGCAAUUCUGAUGGUUUUGCAUGGUGUCCAGAAGGCCUGGCAAUGGUGUGUGUGUGUGUGUGUGUUGUGCUGGCUGCCAUAUUCAAGCACAAUUGCUGAAGAUCUUGCUCUUUCUAAUGCAGGAAUCCCUUCCCCUCCUCUUGAGGUGCAAGUGAGGAGCAGAACAGCUCACACGAUAGCAGUGUCCUGGGUCCCAGGCUUCGAUGGCUAUUCGUUUUUGAGCCGCUGCAGAGUUCAGGUAUGCCUUUAUUCGUUGUUCAGCAUUUGUGUGGUUCCUUUUGCCUGAUGUUUCGUAUGGUACUUCCAGUGCCGUCAUAUAUACAAAUCUCAUCAGAAGUAAGUCCUGUUGAGGCUUUCUUCCAAGCAAGUGAGCAUAAGGUUGCAGUCAUUGGUACCGUAUUUUUCGCUCUAUAGGACGCACUUUCCCCCUCCAAAAAUGAAGGGGAAAUGUGUGUGCGUCCUAUGGAGCGAAUGCAGGCUUUCGCUGAAGCCUGGAGAGCGAGAGGGGUCGGUGCGCAGCACCAACUCCCACUGCGCUCCCCGGGCUUCAGGCAGCUAUCCGCAAACCUUUGGAGCACUCCCCCAGCCCGCAAGCUCCGGGAGCGGCAAGGCUGCUUAACCUGCCUCCUCUCUGGACCUGUUCUGGGGCUGGGGUCGGGGGAAGCUCGGGCUUCCCCUGUCCCAGCCCUGCGGCUAAAAAUGAAGCCGCGCGCAGCCUCUCCAGGCUGGAGAGGUUGUGCGUGGCUAAAGAGGAUGGAUCCCGCUGGCUGUCUUGGCUUCUUUGCUCUUUGGGGCUGGGGGGGGGGGGAUUUUUUUUUCUUCUUUAUUUCCCCGCCUAAAACCUAGGUGCGCCCUAUGGUCCGGUGCGCCCUAUGGAGCAAAAAAUACAGUACUUCCCUGCCCUCUGGCUGCCCCAGCCCUGGCUGCAGAAUAUGGGGGAAUGUGGCAAUUCUUCUGGGUGCACUGCUGCAAAUCAGGAUUUCCCUGCGUGUCUUAGUUUGCCUUCCUGCAAAGGGAACCUUGAAAACAGAACUAGUGUUAUGCAGAAGGGAAAUAUAUCUAGACCCUGUGAUGGUCACCAGCCAUUUGGACCUUGAUGUGGUUUGUUCUUCGUGUUCAUCUUUUGGCUGGACAGGAAAUGAUACUUUGCAUUUUUUAGCAUUAAGUACAAUUUUUACUGUUUGGGUUAUUUUAUUUUAUUGUAUUUUUUUUUGUAAGUCGCUUUGGGGCUCUUCUUAAAGCAGUGAAUAAAACUGAAAAUAAAGGAUACAGUAAGCUGCUUCUCCUCUGUUAACCUGGGUUCCUGGAAGCCAGGCUUAGCUAAAGGAAGAGAAAGCAAAGGGUGGAUGGAAAGAAAAAGAGAGAGUCGCCUUCCUCAUUGCUUGGAGUAAUAUGCGCAACUGGCAUUUUCAGUUCUUCUUAAAGAGAAUUCUGGGUGGCACAUGUAGGAGGAACUCCGAUCAGAGUUCAUAAGUGAGUCAUCUGAGCUACCGAGGUCCAAGUGGCUGUUGUCGAUUUUAUGAGUUCAGGGUACAAAAGCCUGGCGUCAACUCCUUCAGUGUCUGCCUGCAAGAAAUUAAAUAGCAAGCGUCUGGUGAUGACUGGCUCAGUCAUGCAGGUGAAACGGCAACACAGCUCCCUUUGAGUUCAUUGAUUUACUUACAUCCGUGGUCCGCCCUUUCCUUCAGGCUUGAGGGGGAGAACAAGAGCAGAAGAUCCCAGCGUAACAGAAUGAAACCUUGCUGUCUCACAAGACCUUUGCAGACCUAACCCAAAGCACUGAGGGCCAGCCUAAACAGGUAGACCUCAAAAUACUCCUGAAAUGUGCUCAGAGGGCCGAGUUUCAGGUGCAAAGGGGUUCUAUAUCUGGGACAGGCCUCUCUUUCACCCUUGCUUUCAGGAGCUGAUACGUAAGCUUUUUGCAAACAUCCAUUCCAGGUGUAACUGAGUGCACGGUGGAGAGAAACAAGGUGGCACUUGCUAGCUUGGCUUUCAAACUCCACAUGCUCUAGGCAUCCUUUGUGCCAGAGUCUGUGUGCACACAUCCAAAGGCUGCCUAUGCACAAACUGCCCUGGUCAACAGUAUGGAUCGGGAUUGUAUAGUUACUGGUGCCAGAUUUUGGGAGGCCUUGAGCAAGAGGCUCUCACUGAGCCCCCCCCCCCAUCUCCAAGCGGGCACAGCUAUAAGAUGAUGGUUGUUUGCAUGCAGAAGAACCCAAGUUCAGUUGCAUCCCUGGGAGAGAAACCUGUCUAAAACUCUGGAGAGCUGCUGCCAGUCCGUGUAGGCAGUACUGAGCUAAAUGGGCUGACCUGGUGUUAGACACCUGCCUAUUUUUUUAUGAUACUGUACAGAGAACACUUUGGAUCUCCUUUCCCCAGGAGAUCAGAUGAGGUCCCUUCUUUUUAAUGCUCUUCCUGGAAGCAGAAACCUUUUUGUUUGCCAAGUUGUUGAACACGCUGGCUUAAUGUGUGCAGGGUGUCUGUGUGUUUUCCUGUUGCUGUUCUUAAAUGUUUAACUCUGGGUUUUAUGGCGAUGAGUUUAGGUUUUAUUGCAUGUCGCCUUGAGUGCCCUCUGGCUGGGAUGGUGGCUGGAGAAAAAAACAACAAGGUUGGAUCCUGCCCCUCCUGUGAAUUCUGCCUUAACUAUUUCAACUUUCAAAGAUUGUACCGGCAAAACGCUUUGCAGUUUGAAAAUGGCCAGAAGUUAUCAAGCGAGGCACUGUCUGCUUAAGCAUUUGACACAUUUCACAGUAACGCUGAACGCAUUUUAUCUUGCUUCCCUUUGGUCAUGCCGUGUCAAAUGAACAGAACUGUGUGGAUGUUGGAGCGCAGCCAAAUAGCUUUGGUAUCUAAGCGGUUGGCGUUUGGGGUUUCUCAGAAGCCACCGGCUUCACAAUAACAGUUUGUGCAUCCUAAAUUCCUGGGGGGAGGGUAUUUGUGGGCUGCCAUCCUCCACAUGGUUAAACAACUUGCAUCCCGUUGAUUUCUGGGGGGUGGAGGCAGCCUGUAUAUUAGGGCUGAAGCCCCUAAUGUAGCUGUUGAAUGCUGAAGCAGGGGGCGUUUGCUUGUUUAUUUCGCCUGGAGAAACGGGAUACGAGGAACAACACUCUUGCCAUCCAGCGUUUAUGACCUCGAAAACACAAGCAUGCUUCAAUUAUUUCGUUGCUGCCAUUUCAACCCAUGCUUCCCCCAAUAAAAGAGCACAGAGGAGUGCAGAAUGUUUUCCCCAUAUCCUCACAACGACCCUGCAAGAUAGGUUGGGCUGAGAGCAGAUAACUGGCCAACUUUGCAGCUGGACAGGGAUUGUGAACUAAGUCUCCCUGCUCUGUUUAACAUUCUGCUCUUUACAUUAUGCUGCUGGUGGCAAUCCACAUCCCAUGGAAGCUGCUAGUUCAGGCAACAAAACACCUAUGCAUGUUCUGAGUGGCCGGGAGGAGACUGAUUUGCUGCUGGAGAUGGGGAAAAGGAUGUUUCAAAAGCAUGCUAGCGAUUGCCAGAAAAGCAACAGGAUUCUCCGGUUGGAGGCAAUAAGCUACAGAGCCACAACUUCAUUAGUGUCCAGCUACACAUUUAUACACAAACUCAAGUAACUGCAUCCUAACAGUAUCUGUUAGGAUCUGAAGAAGUGUGCAUGCACACAAAAGCAUAUACCAAGAACAAACCUAGUUGGUCUCUAAGGUGCUACUGGAGAUUUUUUUAUAUGUUUCGACUGCAUCCUAACAGCGCUGUUUUAUUCUUUUCUUUAUUAAAAAAAGAUUUUUCAGGGGUGAUUUUGACUAGGAGAACAGCAGCAAGGUGGCAGGUACCUGUUCCCUUGAUUCUUUCCUCACCACUAUCAUUUCUGGCAGAAAACAUUUUUGGAAAACAGAAAAAUGGGGCCAUUGAAAUUAGUGGACCUAAUAGUAAAGAUAACGGGACCCCUGACCAUUAGGUCCAGUCAUGGCCGACUCUGGGGUUGUGGCGCUCAUCUCGCUUUAUUGGCCGAGGGAGCCGGCAUACAGCUUCCGGGUCAUGUGGCCAGCAUGACUAAGCCGCUUCUGGCGAACCAGAGCAGCGCACGGAAAUGCCAUUUACCUCACCGCCGGAGCGGUACCUAUUUAUCUACUUGCACUUUGACAUGCUUUAAAACUGCUAGGUUGGCAGGAGCAGGGACCGAGUAACGGGAGCUCACCCCAUCACGGGGAUUCGAACCAUGACCUUCUGAUCGGCAAGUCCUAGGCUCUGUGGUUUAACCCACAGCGCCACCCGCGUCCCUGGACCUAAUAGACUUGUGGCCAUUAAUUUCAACGGGUCUACUCUGAGUACAACUUAGUUGACCACCACCUCUGCUUUGCAAGCAGGCAGUACCUGCUUCAGUUUCUGGCAUCUCCUGGUAGGACUGGGAAGGGACUGUGGCCGUGACCCUGGAGAGCUGCUGCCAGUCAAUGUUGACAAUAUCAGCUCAAUGGACCAAGUAGAUCCCUAUGUAAAGGGAUGAAAGGGAUGAAAGAAGGCAUUGGCUCUGGCCAGGGAGGGCAGGGUAUAAAUAAAAUUUAUUAUUAUUAUUAUUAUUAUUAUUAUUAUUCCCUGUAUUUGUCACAUGCACCGCCGCUUCCAUUCUGCUGUAGUCCGCCUUCUGCCACAAACUAUGCUGUUCAUCUUGCUGCCCACUGUGGUGAAAUUAUGCAACCCAUUUAAUUUCGUUGUUCCACUCCAUUCAUUUAAAUGCAAAGGAAACUCGAUGCAAAUGGCAGGAGGCUUAAAUUCAAUGGUGUAUUGUUUGCAGACCAAAAGCAAGAGUAAAUAUUCACUGGAUUGAUUUCCAUUCUGGACAUUGGAUGAAUAAGUGACUUCUGCUCUCAUUUCCGUCAGAAUUCGCCAGCAUCCCUAGUUAUAAAAUAAAUUUUUGCACCAGCUAGGUUCUGUGCAGAACAGAGAAAAACCCCAGCCAGAGAUCCGUUGCAGAGCCACAAGAUCUCAUGGAUAAGUGACCGAGCAACACACUCCGAAGCUGCCACGAUUGGCUAAAACAGGUCACAAGAACUCCGGUCUGGAAGCCACAAGCCCAUUGCUCCCUGUUCUUUCCAUGGCUGGUUGUAGACCAAUGGAAAGCCCCAGGAUGCAGGCAGAAACCCAACGUCCGGGGCAAUGCAGGGGUGCAGAGUCACAUCCGCACAGCAGGCCGCCCUUUGUGAUCAUGCUCCGCUUUUAAAUAAUUGUUUCAUUCAGCUGAGGAAGUGCCCUUACAUGCAGAUAACUGGGCAGCAUCAGGAUUUCCUCUAGCUGGGACUUAUUCCUAAGAAAGGUCAGGGCAUAUUUUCCCCCAUAUCUCAUUUUGCACAGAUGUAUUCCUUCUAGUGCCGAAACAUAAAAGCAUCUGUGAGCCUGGUUAUUGCGUUUCCUAUGUGAUAUUUCCACAGUAUCAGCUUAAGCAGCACCAGUUGCCUUCUGGAAACUCUAAUAAGCUGCUUUUGUGAGUUGCGGUGGGUGGAUCAGGAACAGGGUGAUGCCUUUCCUUUCUUGAUGUUGUCAUGUCAGUGGUAUUUGAUGCUGCAUUCCUGCUGAAACUCCGGAAAUAGGUUGGAAAAAAAUAAUAUUUUUAAAGAAACCCUAUGACUUAAUAUUCUGUAACUGGCCACUUUACAGAUACAGUGGUGCCUCGCAAGAUGAAAUUAAUCCGUUCCGCGAGUCUCUUCGUCUUGCGGUUUUUUCGUCUUGCGAAGCACGGCUAUUAGCGGCUAUUAGCGGCUUAGCGGCUUUAAGAAAAAGGAAACAAACUCGCAAGAACUUGCAAGACGUUUCGUCUUGCGAAGCAAGCCCAUAGGGAAAUUCGUCUUGCGGAACGACUCAAAAAACGGAAAACUCUUUCGUCUUGCGUGUUUUUCGUCUUGCGAGGCACCACUGUACUGUAAUAAAGGAACAGAAUUUAUGAAUUCGAGAGCAUUCAAAAUCCCCAAGGCAAGACCGUUUUUAGAGCUCUUAGCAUUUGAUACUCACAAAACCAGGCCAGAAUUACUAUGGUGUUGAUGUUUUUAAAAGGCGGUGUGGUGUGUGAUUUGGUUUGGUUCCUUUCUCUGGACCAAAUGGCCUCAGACACCUUUGGGAACACAAGAGCCAGUAAGGGGAUGGCAAAUGAAGUACACCAAAAACAGGAACAGCUGGUUUUGAUUAUGCUUGCGUAUUUGCCUGCCAGAGCAUUUGGUAGCAUCAAGGGCUGCUUAAUUUUCGUUUACUGUCUGGUGGUGUGCAGCAGUGAAGUGAAUGCUGCCAGAGAUGAGACUAGAUUUGAGCAAUACAGGCAGGGAGAAUGAGACUGGGUUCUGCAAAAAGAAAAAUUAAAAAAAAUAAAGAUAAAUGUGCCGUGUACAAUGUAAAGGUAAAGGUAAAGGGACCCCUGACUAUUAGGUCCAGUCGUGGCCGACUCUGGGGUUGUGUGCUCAUCUCGCUUUAUUGGCCAAGGGAGCCGGCGUACAGCUUCCGGGUCAUGUGGCCAGCAUGACUAAGCCGCUUCUGGCGAACCAGAGCAGCGCAUGGAAACACCGUUUACCUUCCCGCCAGAGUGGUACCUAUUUAUCUACUUGCACUUUGACGUGCUUUUGAACUGCUAGGUUGGCAGGAGCUGGGACUGAGCAACGGGAGCUCGCCCUGUUGCGGGGAUUCGAACCGCCGACGUUCUGAUCAGCAAGUCCUAGGCUCUGUGGUUUAACCCACAGCGCCACCCGCGUCCCUUGUACAAUGUACCUGGCUUGUUUUAAUGAUAAUUUGAGAGGGGCGACAAAACAGAGAAAAAUUGUUCUCCACUGAGGGUGACGGUAAGAAUCAUUGCCUUCACUUUUAUUUGGCUGCAGGUGGGAAAUCAUGUGGCUAAAUACAAAGACUAAAUGUAUUUGCGAAAACAAACACUCAGACACCCUGCACACAAAAAGAUAGCAGGUCAGGGAUGAGGGUUCUAGUUUCUCCCUGCCAUUCUUAUUUUCUAGGUACAGGGAUUUGUAUGUUUGUUUUCUCUCUGGACACAUCUAGUCACAUAAGCCCUCACCGUGAAGAUUUGCAGCUCAUUUUAUGACUCAGGUGAGAACUAGGCCUAGGCAGAUUCAGGAAUUUCUAGUUGCUUUCCCUCUUCACAUGAGUAACGCAUGGAGAAACUUUGGUUUGACUCCAAAUGUGUUUCUGUAGCUUGUGUUGGGCCUUGAAACCUCUCUUCCUCUCGCCUUGGGGCAUUUGCUGUAACUCUGUGGAAAGGAAAGUUUCCCCAUGUGCUCAGCCAUGAGCCAUUCCUUGCCGUUCAACAUGCUUAUUUUCUGUGGCGAGAGGGUGGGCUUGCCACUUCUCUUCUUGCAAAUUACACAGGGCUGCUGGCAGAUAAUUGUGCCUGUAGCUUUGGAACUCCUUGCUGAAUCAUCUUUACCUUAACCAUUUUUGUUCCUCAUUUCAGGUGAUGGAUGCUUUUGCACCAAGCAAUGCCUCUGUGUUGGUUUUCAACACUUCUGUGCCUCCUCAUCUGUACCGUAUUCAGAAUCUGGGGGCCUUGAAGGAUUAUAACAUCCGUGUUUCUUGUAUGAACGAAGUAGGCUGGUCUGCCUUCAGCCCGUGGAUAACUGCCAAUACAACAGAAGGAGGUAAGUAAAACAAACUAUUUCAGGGUUAGCAAAGUCUGUAACCUGAAGCGUCUGUAACCCGAGGUACCACUGUACUGUCAAUUAGGAUAGCGGCUGCUGCAUGGGAAUGUAGUUGUGUGAAUGUUGUGGGCGCCUAUUGGACAGCGCCAGUGACAUCACUGAUGAUGAGCAACGCACCCACCCACCCUGCUCUCGUAUCUGUGCCAUUUUCUUAGCAGAUGGGUAUUCACUUUCUGUGCCACUCAAGCAGUGCAUGUAGCCCUUAAAAAAAAAAUCAAGAGUGGAAGGCACUAGCAAGCCCUACAUACCCUGUGCCUAUCUUGUGAUCUACAUACUUUUGUUUUUGUCUUGUUCUUUGAAUGCUGUAUGCUCUCACCCCAACAAUUCUGAAGCUUGCAUCUUCCCAAAGUCAACAAAAUGGGGAAAUGACCAGCCUUCUGUUUUUCCACUGUGUGUUUUUCAGCUCCCUCUGCUCCGCCUGGGAAUGUCACGCUCUCCGUCAAUGAGUCCAGCUCUUCUGUGAUCGUCACGUGGAUAAAGCCUCCCUCUGCACAGAUGAACGGUGAACUUCAAGGCUACAGCAUCUCUCAUGUGUGGCAGAAUUCAGAGGUGUUUGUAAGUAUUGAAACAAUGCCUUCAUUCACAUGUCACCCUAAACAAUGGUUAAUGAUAGCCAAGGUUUUUAGACCAACAGGAAACCUUGGUUUGCCAAGCAUAUUUGAAUUGUAUUUUAUAAACCAUAGAGAAGCAGUAAGGCUGGGCCCAAUGAUCAACUAUGGUUUGCUAAACUAUGGUUUAUAAACUAUGGGUUAGUGUUACAUGCAAACCAGGCCAGUGAACAACCCAGGUUCCUAUUGACCAGAGCUUUUAAAGUUAUUUUGAACACUGAUUGAGGGAAAUGCAGGUACUGAUGUAUCGCACAAAUGCAACUAAGGCAGAGUGGUGAAUUUGCUCAGGGAAAGGGAUGUUCCCUCUGCAAAUGGCCCCAGAUAUUUAGCAGCAGUUAAGAGAUUGAGGUGGCAGUCCUACACUCACUUAUCUCAUGGUUAGUCCUGCUGAACUCAGUAAGAAUGUAUUUCUAAGUAGACAUGCACAGGAUUGCACCGUGAGGCUCUUAAGUCUGCACUGCUCCAGACUUGGCAUUCAUCCUAUAUCCCUGGCUUUAUGAAUGAGUGAAGAAGAUUUGGCCCUAAAAUCUUCAGCUGCUUGUAGCUUAAAAGGAUGUUUGGGAAGACCCUGUGAUCUAAUACUUUGAAGCCUUUUGUGUUUGCUUAUGAGAGCAUUGCAAAAAGCCUGUUGAACUUCGAGACCUUGUCGAGUGGGGAGUCUUACUCACAGCAAGACUCACUCAUCCCUCCCAGCCUCUGAGCAGGUAGAGAACGGCAGUGAAGUCCCCACUUUUAUCUGAAAUGUGUUGGCCUACAUCAGAAAAAUUGUGGCAUCACAUAGCUACAAGUCCCAUGAGGAAGGAAAAAAGAAAACAAGAAGUUUAUACUUGUGAUAGAAGCAUGAUCCAAAAUAGAUCCUGAUUCCUAGUUUAGGUUUCCACUGAGUUGAUUUUAUUUAUAUUAGAUUGGCUUUUUGAGUCCAAAGUUUGAGGUAUUGAAAAGAAACUGCACCACGGCUCACCAAAAUCCUAUGCAUGCUUACGCUGAAGUAAGCACUGUUGUGUUCAUUGGGGCUUGCGCUCAUGUCAGUGUGCAAAUGUUUUCGUUGUUUUCAAAUCUCCCAUGGAAGGGGGGAAUGUGAUUCAUGCUUGUUUUCUGUACGACUUGAGUUUUCUGUUCCCUUUUUAAUGUUUUUGGGAUCUGGAUAUCAAAGGGCUCAAACCCACUGAAAUCAGCAAAGUGAUAAUAUGGUCUUGUGACUAGUCUAGGGUGGAGACGCAAACUCAUCAACUUGUCUUAACUAAAGGUCACUUCCUUCAUCCUCAGAGAAGGAAGGCAUAAAUCUAAGCAUCUUCCCUCUCUAGAAAAACGCUGGAUGCCAAAACUUUUAAUAUCUAGGCAGUUCACAUUCUGCAUGUGCCUGCAGCUUCUGAGAUGUAAUAAAACACACUCCAUUGUUUGCUCUUGAACAUUCCUGAGUACGACAGAAAAUCAUUUGUUAGGCUGUAAGUUCUUAAUGAAGCCCUUUCAAAAGACAAGUGGCUUCUAGGAACAGGACGGAUUUAUUAUGCAGCAGAAGUUGCUUAGGCAAGAGUUUAAUACGCUUGUAAGAUGGUGCAAGGGACGCGGGUGGCGCUGUGGGUUAAACCACAGAGCCUAGGGCUUGCCGAUCAGAAGGUCGGCGGUUCGAAUCCCCGCAAUGGGGUGAGCUCCCGUUGCUUGGUCCCUGCUCCUGCCCACCUAGCAGUUCGAAAGCACGUCAAAGUGCAAGUAGAUAAAGUGCAAGUAAGCUCUGGGGUUGCGGCGCUCAUCUUGCUUUACUGGCUGAGGGAGCCGGCGUACAGCUUCCGGGUCAUGUGGCCAGCAUGACUAAGCCGCUUCUGGCGAACCAGAGCAGCGCACGGAAACGCCAUUUACCUUCCUGCUGGUGCGGUACCUAUUUAUCUACUUGCACUUUGACGUGCUUUCGAACUGCUAGGUUAGCAGGAGCAGGGACCGAGCAAUGGGAGCUCACACCAUUGCGGGGAUUCGAACCACCGACCUUCUGAUUGGCAAGUCCUAGGCUCUGUGGUUUAACCCACAGCACCAGUAGCUUAGGGCCUCAUCAAACCUAAAUCUGGCCCUGCUCCAGAUAAACCACGAGCUGUAAACCAAGAACAAACCUUGGCUAGAUAAAGGGGUACAUAAACAGAUUGGACUUGUGACCCUUCAUCACCACCCUUUGCUCCAUGUUAACCAGUAUCCAAUCCCUCCUUUGUUAAAGCUUCCCCAUUUUGGGGUGGUGUGUGUGCCAGUCGGUCUAUUAAUGAUCAGCUGAGAGCCUUAAUCGUUUCAUAAUUUUGCCUAGUUCCUGUUUACACAGACCUUUGAUACAGCCUUAUUCAGUUGAAGCUGUACUACCGUAACACAUUGCCCUACAAAGACACUGAGCAUUACAUGCCAGCCUGCCAGCUGGACUGUGAGUCACAGAAGAAGUUAUUUUGUGUGUGUUUUGGUUUUCAGUAGCGGUUCAGCAGGAAGCAGGACCUGUCAUUCUUUCAGCUGUUCAGCUGACUCACUAGAUGUCCAGGAAAUAACAGGGAAUUGACGGGAAAGGGGAAUCUCUUGUGUCAAAUCAGAUAUGCUAGCGUUCUUGGAGGGAUAUCUGGCUGGGAUGCCGCUGCGUCACUUAAGCUUAUUAAAACAAUUUGCUUUGCUCCUGCGUAAAGGUGCUUUAGCUGUAAGUGCCCAAAUGCCCAUUUCGUCUCUGGAGGAAUUCUAGCUACAAGCAUGGCAUCUAAGAUCAAAACGGCACCUUGCCUGUCUGCUGAAUUCCCAUGUAAACAAACAAAUAUCACAAGUGUUAAGAGAAUGCCUAGUUGUCAGAAUUAAUAUUUUCCUUAAAGGCAGUGCUGCUUUAAACACAGGUAAUUUCCAGACCAUUAGUAAGCGUUCAAGAAUAUCUUAAGGUUGCAGUCCUGUGCAUGUUUAAGUAAUUAUUUCUAAGUCUCAUUUUUGUUAAUUGGGCUUAUUCUCAAGCAAGUGGACAUAAGAUUGCACUCUGAUGCUCUGUGUCAAAUAGUCAUGGGCAAACGUGUGAGAUGAGGUUGGCUUUGGGUUCCCAAGAUUCCUGAAGCCCAGUUAUUUUGCCUGUUCUCUGUUCCUUGUAUAGCAACUGGUUUUGCCCCAUUUGUUUAUCUUCAAAGUGGCACUUUUUAUGUGUUUAAUUAUAUUUAUUGAUCCUUGUCCAAAGAUAUACAAAAGUUCAUAUCCAAUACAAAGUAUCUUUUCAUAAUACACUGAAAUAAAAGAGAUGUUUCAUCUUAAAAGGAACGGAGGUGGAAAGAAGAAGAAAAGAGUAAAAAGGGGGGAAAGGAGGAAGGAAGAACGAAAGGAGAGAGAGAUGGAAUAAAGAAUAAAGAAAGAUAAAAAGACUCCCGGUUCUUUGUCCCGCAGCUAAAUAUCAUAUUCACUCAUUAACUUCCAACCACUCUAUCUUCCGUAAACCAAUAUUUUUUCAGUCUUCAAAUCCAGAUAUUCCAAGUUCAUUCUCUCGUUCACACAAAAAAUCCAUAAAAGGUUUACAAUCCUUAAUCAAUGUCAGUAAUGGUUUUUCUCUAAUUAAACACAUUAACUUUGUGGUUUAAGUGGUACUUCGUGCUGGGAACAUUCCUGUGGCUUUGCAAAUUCAGAAAGGAGUGGGAAAAGGCUGAGCACAGAGAGAAAGCAAUGAAUUUUACAAACCAUUCCCAUCCUCGGCUUUCUGAUAGCACUCCAGUUUGGGGAGUUUUUUGUUCGUCUGUACCCCCCUCUUGAUUAUUUGGCUCUGCCUGUAAGGAGGACAGGUUUGCAAUGACGGGGCUUGAUGGUCCACAGCUGGAAGCUUGUAGAACUGGGUAAAAUUUAUGUUGAAUUUUGACUCUGGCAGUAAGAGCGUUUACAAAGAAAUGCUGGCCAGAGCUACCAUCCCGUACUUGGAGUGCUCUCUUCACGGAAACUGUGGCUCUCCAUGAAUCAAUAGCUGUUCUCUUGACAUGAGCGCUGCCUGUUUAUGUUCAGCAAACAAGCAUGAAAUCUGAUCUGGAAAUCUGUUGGAUGGGGAUAAAUGUUGGCUUUUCAGCUAAUUAUCUAGUCUAAUGGGAGGAAAUGGGUCUACGAAGGGGAAAGUCUUUCCCCAUUAAUUCCUCUGCAUUUUAAAGAACCUUUCCCCCCUUUGCAGCAGAAUCUCUCUUCGCGUACCGGUAAAGAUUCCAGUGCCGUUCACAUUCCAAUCGUGGCCAUCAAUGCAACCUGCAUGGUGCGAGUCGCUGCCAUUACAAAUGGCGGAGUGGGGCCAUUCAGUGAUCCAGUGGCAGUUUUUAUUCCAGGAAAUGGUAAGUUGGACUAAUGUAGCGCGAUAAUGAGCUAAGGGACACUUGCAGCCUGGCUGUUUCUUCAGGUGGAAUUCAGUGGCCAACCUAGAUGGCUUUAAAAAGAGGAUUGGGCGAAUGAACAAAGCAUAAGGCUAUUAGCCACAAUAGCUGUUCUCUGCCUCCACAGUCAGAGGCAGUGAUGCUUCUGAAUGUCCGUUGCUGGGUACCACAGGUGGGGAGAGUUUUCUUGUGCUUGGGCCCUGCUUGAGGGUUUCUCACAGGCUGCCCACUGUGAGACCAGGAUGCUGGCCUAGACGGGCCAUUGGUCUGAUCCAGCAAGCUCAUCUUUAUGUUCUUAUCAUAAUCUGGCAAAUUCAAGGCUGUGCAAUAAAAGUUUAUUUGGAGCUGUUGCGCAACACACAUGCUUGCCACCCCCAAAUCAGACUUUUUGCAAUAAGAAAAGUGUUGGAGAAAUGCAGUGGAAGGCGGGGGACAACUUUGUUUGUUGUUGUUAAAAAAAUUACAGUUUUCAAGUUUAUACAUUUCACUAAUUUUAUACAUUUCCUUAAUUUUACAAUCAUUUUGACAUUUCAAAAUUUGACUUCCUUCCCCCUCUUUCUGCAGUUCCUUAAAUUUAUUUUUUAUAUCUUCUGCAUAUCCAAAUUAACCUAAUUUGCUCAUUUAUCCAUCUUCUUUAAAUAUAUACUCUUAUAAAACUGCAGGUUAUCACAAUAAUCCUGCCAAUGUUUUUAUCAGUUUACAGUUUACCUGUAAACAUUCAAUAAACCAUUUCCAUUCUUUUAUAAAAAGUUUGUUAUCUUGAUUUCUUAUUCUUCUGGUAAGUUUUGCUGUUUCUGCAUAUUCCAUAAGUUUUUGUAUCCAUUCUUCCUUUGCUGGGACUUCUGCUUCUUUCCUUUUUGGGGCAAUUAACAUUCUCGCCACUGUGGCGUGAGAUAGCUUUUGAAUGACAUAAUGUUCCUCUGCAUCCUUGCAAACAAAUCAGGGCGCAUGCCGUGUAAAUACUCUACUAUGAUUUUGUGAUUGAACUGAGAGAUGGAUAUUGCAAUAUAAGUAAAGAUAAAGGGACCCCUGACCAUUAGGUCCAGUCGUGGCCGACUCUGGGGUUGCGGCGCUCAUCUCGUUUUACUGGCUGAGGGAGCCGGCGUACAGCUUACGGGUCAUGUGGCCAGCAUGACUAAGCCGCUUCUGGCGAACCAGAGCAGCGCACGGAAACGCCAUUUACCUUCCCGCCGGAGUGGUACCUAUUUAUCUACUUGCACUUUGAUGUUCUUUCGAACUGCUAGGUUGGCAGGAGCAGGGACCAAGCAACAGGCGCUCACCCCGUCGCGGGGAUUCAAACCACUGAUGUUCUGAUCAGCAAGUCCUAGGCUCUGUGGUUUUACCCACAGCGCCACCCGCGUCCCUGUAUUGCAUUAUAGUUGCAUCUUGAACCUUCAGUAGGGGCCAGUUUGGAACAGGCAAAUCUAGUGAAGCCAUCCACCUGCACCUACUCUGAACAUAUUUGAAAUCUUCUUGUGACUCUCCCUCAUAAGCAGCUCCCCGGGUCCCCAAACUGUCUUUUUCUUCUUCUUUGGCGAUCACUCAUAGCCGAGUAAAGUUGUCUUCCAUAAACAUGGUCUUAACAGUGAGUCUGUAAGUGACUGUGGAGGCCAAUUCUGGAUCCACACGUCCUUCCACAGUGGGGACAUAGGUUUCCAGAUGGGAGUUGAUCAUGGUGAGGGUCUGCCAAGCGUGCCUUCGUCUUAGCACGUUUCUCCCUUGCGUCCUGAGUUCGAGUGUCUUCAAAGCCCAUGACCCCUUUGGUAAAGGCUGUUCUCCAACUGGAGCGCUCACAGGCCAGUGUUUCCCAGUUGUCAGUGCUUAUACUAUCUUUUUUAAGAUUUGCCUUGAGUCUUUGAACCUCUUUUGUUUACCACUGGCAUUACGCUUUCCAUUUUUAAGUUGGGAAUAGAGUAGUUCCUUUGGAAGACGAUAAUCAGGCAUCCGCACAACAUGACCAGUCCAUCAAAGUUGAUGUUGAAGAAUCAUCGCUGUAACACUCCCCAGGUCCCCAAACUGUAUGAAGAUCUCCACUCCCUUUUCUCUGUAACGCGUCUUAUUGUCUUAGGUUUCGUAUCUACUGCCUCUUCUUCAACUCCAGCAUCAAGAAGCACACAUUCACUGACGAUAGUCCUCGGGUUUAUAUGUGGAGUUUUCAUCGUCGGGUUAAUCCUGUAUGUGUCUGUGAUUAUCAGGAAAAAGUUCACAGAAGAGACCAAGUUUGGGUAAGUACACACACAAAAAGACAAAAUUCUAAUCAUUUUAAGCUUGGGAGCUGGUUUCUAGGGGCCUAUUCACACCUUUAGCCGAAAUUCACUGAGUGAUGCAAAAGUUCACUGGGUUUCAGGAGGAAUCUGCCAUAAAGCUGGCAUUAACGUCCACCUUUAAUGUUGAGCAAGAAAACCUCCAUGCAUCUAGGAUAGUCACGAUCCUCUGUGAUGAAAGCUACCUUCUAAAGUCUAUAUUAAGCAGGAUAAUUGAAUAGAGGUCAGUGUGGUUGGCUAGUUAAGUGUUGAACUCCCAGGCUCAGCCCAAGACUUAAGUAAGUUAGGCUGAAAUAGUAUGCAUGUUUGCAUGUCAGUAACAGCCAUUGAGCACAGUGGGGCUUACUUCUGAGUAAAACUACAGAGGUCUGUAGGACUGACUCCCCAGCAAGAAUGCACAGGAUGGCAGCCUUAAGCAUCCGUUUAAUUUCCUCCUGCUGAAACAAAAUUGGAUUUAAAUAAACUGGAUUUUAGCUCCAUGAUGCCCCAGUGAGUAGUAAGAAAGGACACAGAGCCCAAAUUCAUGUAAUGAGCAGAUUUGGAUAAUAGAGGCUCUGUAACCUUUUUGUGAAGCAUGAUUCAGUUGAGCAUGUGAUUGUGAACAGUUUUCUGACUGCUAAAGGUUUUAAUUGUCUUGGAUAUUUUUACAAAAAAUAAUAAUAACACACAGUCAAGUUUCUCUGAACUUAAGGCCACUCUAAUCUGCACCCUCUGCCUUAGGUCCCCUUUUGGUCAUUCUAAAAUUGGGAGGAAUCAGGAAUCAGAGGAAUUGGGAGGAAUCACAGGAAUCAGAUUUAUUUUUGGGGGGCAGCCCUCUAGAAAUAGAACAGGUUGUGCUUUGCAACUGUGAAUCCUGUUUACAACACGCAGCUCUUCUGAUCCUUAGUCACUUUUAACAUGGGAGGCUGUUGUUUUAUCCAAGGAUUGUUUUCUUGCAUCAACAAAGGCCCAUUGUAAUCCUAGCUCACAAAACUCCUUCCCUUGUGACCUUAUACAACGAAGUUCCAAACAGAUCAGCUCUUGCCCUUUUCUCGUAAGACCCUUUGAAAUGAGCAGCUGUUCUGAGUGGGCCAGAGAGAGAGCGAGAGAGCGAGAGCGAGAGAGAGCGAGAGAGAGAGAGAGAGAGAGAGAGAGAGAAGUUUAUUCCUAAUGUGCCUCUGAAAACCGGGCUGUGGCAAAGCCUUGAUGCAGAAUAAUAAUGCCCUAAUUGGUGAUUGUGUACAUGUUUCUGCACAUCUGUUCAAGAAGGACAAGGUGUGUUUCCCACCCCCACAAACCUACACAGAUCUAACUUUUAAAAGAUUGAACCCUGGAGAAUCACAGCGAACAAGUCGCUGUGACAUUUGUUUAAAGGGGUGUGGAACUUUUUUCAGGCAGAAAAAAAUGGUUUUUCAUUCUUAUCUGGGCAACAUGCACACUCUGUCCCCUCUAGGCAUUGCCAGUGUUUAGGACCCGUUCCAGAAGUAUAUGAAGCAGGGCUGGUGAGGGGUGUGUGGCUAUUAAAAGAGAUGGAGAGGCGAACUUCUUACAGGAGCAGUGUGACAGCUGCCACCACCUCCCUCUGCUUUCCAAGGCUUUAAGGCAUUUCCUCCUUGCCAGCUCUCUGGCAAAAAUGUCUUUAGACAGCAGAGUGUAGGGAGGUCAGGUCACUCCCUUCCCCAUGCACUCCUUUAGUGUAGAAAGCUACCCUCCCACCAACUCUUCGUAUCCAUAUAUUUAAUCAACAGAUACACAUCUGGUCUGCCCUUUAGCAAGUUAUACUGGUAGUGCAGUGGCAAAUUCAGAAGUGCAGUGUCGCGUCAUGACAGACCCUUCUAAGACAACAGUAUAAUCCUACAAUUAUGCAAGAAUAAUAUUUAGAGAUGCAUUGCAACUCCACACACUGCCCUUCAUGCGGGCAAACAGUUUGGCACUCCAAUGUCUUAUUUUGGCGCAAUGUAAGUUGUAUUUUCCUUGAGGUUCAACUGCACACAACGGAACGUGCACACCAUUCUGUAGAAACUGGAGCACCUUAUGUUUUCGGUGUCUCUAAAUGCUUUGCUUUGGAGCGUACAAAAUAACUCUUCCUUGGUGUUCUCCCUUCUCCAGAAUGACCCUAAGAAUGGCUGACUCUCCUCCUUUUACUUUCCUCCUUUCACUCUUAAGUGAGAAGACUUCUUAGCAGUGGGUAAAAAGUCUCCCUUUCCCUGCCAAUUGGGUGGCUGUAAGUUGCUGGAGACAUGGAGGUUGCUGGGACCCUGCUGCAGAAAUAUUAACAGGUCUUCGAUUCCUCAGAUACCUCUGAGCUACACCAGCUUUCAGUAAAGACACUUGUUGAGUUUGGCUUUAAAGUAAACUUAUUACCUUCUUUGCAAAACUCCCAACAGCUUAGUACACUUGAGUGGUGCUAUUCCAAGUUGCUCAGUUCCCAAGCUCCAUCACAUCACCAAAACCACAGCUUUUUGGAGGGCACUAUGGGUGAUUUGAGCUCAGAUAUUGUGAAAUGUUGGUCUUUUGUGUUCUGUUGUGCUGAUCUGGGAUAUUAGAGGAAGUAAGGAAACUGACUCUCUUAGUUUUGUUUAGAUGGAAACUUCCCUCUUCGGGUGAUGAUGAUGAUGAUGAUGAUUAAUGUCUAUUGCAGCCUUCCUCCCAAAGGUGCACAGAGUAGCAAACAACAAAGCAGUAAAACAAUAUAAUUUGAAAUAAAAUAAAAACAUAUUUCAAAAACUAAAAGCUCUAAGCAUUUAAAAACAAUAAGAAUAGCCACUUGGGAGGUGAGGGACAGGAUUUCAGAAAAAGAUAAACCAUUUAUUGUGUGCUUUGUCCCUCUUCUAUGAUUCUUACUCCUUUUCUUUCUUUCUUUCUUUUUCUAUGCAUGUUAAUUGCCUUCAGGUUAAUCGCUUUGGCCUUUCCAGCUCAGAAAGUCUUGGUUUCUCUUUGAGAAGCUUGGAACUGCGAGCCAGGAAGGGAAAGCACAACAGUGUACGGAAGCGAAAGUUUAUAGGGUUUUACAUUGUUAUUCAUAAGAGCGUGGUUAUAGGAAUAGGAAAUGAAUAAUCCACAUAGCUUUCCCCCCCUGCCCCAAAAUAGCUGAGUGACUCAGCAUUCUUUCAUAGUCAAGUUUAAUUCAGGAGUCUAUUUGAGAUAAAGUAAUGGAAUUGAGUGUAUCGGUCAAGCCAUUCAAAGGAAAAACAUGAGAAUAGUGACGUUUCCUAUUGUUUUUAAUUCAUUGUGAGCCCAACACCUGUCUGUGACGACCCCCUGGCCUCGUUCUGCAGCUGUGAAUUCCGUGCUUUCCAUAAAAUUCAGGCUGCGGGGAAUACUGUUACGGCGCCAUGACAAUGUUGUGCUUUCUGUCCACCCACCCGCUCUUAGGUACGCCUUCAGCAGUGAUGAGUCAGAACUGGCUGUAAAUUACAGAGCAAAGAAGUCCUACGGCCGCAGAGCUGUUGAACUGACACGUAAGUUUUGGAUGUGUCACUACAGCUGCUUAAUGUUUUGUUUCUUUAUUUAAAAAAAACAAAAAACAGUGGUACCUCAGGUAACAUACGCUUCAGGUUACAUACGCUUCAGGUUACAGACUCCGCUAACCCAGAAAUAGUACCUUGGGUUAAGAACUUUGCUUCAGGAUGAGAACAGAAAUCGUGCUCCGGCAGCGCAGCGGCAGCAAGAGGCCCCAUUAGCUAAAGCGGUGCUUCAGGUUAAGAACGGACCUCCAGAACGCAUUAAGUACUUAACCUGAGGUACCGCUGUAACGCAUUUGAUGGAUUAAAAUUAUUUAUCUGAGGCUGCCCUCUGGGUGCCCCCUCCAAGAUGGAGGCACAGAGGGUGACAAUGAUAGACAGGGCCUUUUCAGUGGUGGCUCCUCACUUGUGGAGGACCCCUAGAGAGAUUCCCCCCCCCCGCACCAUCAUUAGUAUCCUUUUGUUGUCAAGUAAAACGUAUGUCUUCUCCCAGGCGUUUAGCGGUUGAUGGUGCUUAUUGAUGGAGAUAUAUAUGUACAUUGCUGCUGCCUGCCUUAUGGGUUUUUUGUAUGGCUUUUAUCUAUGUUAUGCUAGACGCUCUUAAAGUUUUAUAAGUCACUUGCUGAUACUCUACUUUUCUUUUUUGGUAAGGAAGAGAAAAUCCCCCUCUCAAGGGUCAGUCAGUCACUAGAUCAUUCACCCCUGCUCUGAAGUAGAAUAGUCAAGGAAAAGCUGUACUACGUAACUUUGCAGCUUGGUGUUCACCAAGCUAAAGUUAAAGCAGGGGUCAGCAAACUUUUUCAGCAGGGGGCCAGUCCACUGUCCCUCAGACCUUGUGGGGGGCCGGACUAUAUUUUUUUUUGGGGGGGGGUGAACGAAUUCUUUUGCCCCACAAAUAACCCAGAGAUGCAUUUUAAAUAAAAGGGCACAUUCUACUCAUGUAAAAACACGCUGAUUCCUGGACCGUCCGUGGGCCGGAUUUAGAAGGUGAUUGGGCCAGGCCCCGGGCCUUAGUUUGCCUACCAAUGAGUUAAAGCAUAAAAGAGGCCCCCCCGCUUCCUUGGGUGCCAGCAGGUGUCCUCUGGUUGUCUUAGGCUUUUGAAUCAAAAUGUGUGCCGUCUCCCUUUUCCCCAACUCAUCAGAAGGCCUCUCUUGCAGUGGGCAGCCUUGGUGUGAGCGAAGAGCUACAGGAGAAACUCCAGGAUGUUGUGAUUGUUAGGACCAACCUGGCUCUGGGGAAGAUCUUGGGAGAAGGUAAGAAUGGCAAACCCUAAGUGAGUCCUUCUGCUCCCCGGACUGGCAGGAGAAAGCUCCUGCUUGCCCUCUGCUGGGCAAGGUGAAAUCUAGCUCCCUUAACAUCUACAAGACCAGACUUGCUCCCUGGGAAAACAUCAAAGGGUUGAAGCACACUUAACUCACAGGAAAGGCUACAUCAUCAUCAUCAUCAUCAUCAUUAUUAAAUUCAUUAUCAUCAUUUCAUUACAUUUCAUUACUUCAUUUCAUUUCAUUAUUUUAAAAAAGUUUUUAUUUCUACUUUUCAAGUUUAUACAUUUCAUUAGUUUUACAAUCCAUUUAACAUUUCAAAGUUUGACAUCCUUCCUUCCCCCUCUUUCUGCGGUUCCUUAAAUUUAUUUUUUAAUAUCUUCCGCAUAUCCAAAUUCAUUUAAUCUCCUCAUUUAAUUAUCUACUUUAAAUAUAUACUCUUGUGAAACUGCAGGUUAUUACAAUAAUCCUGCCAAUGUUUUUUAUCUGUUUGCAAUUUAUCUGUAAAUAUUCAAUAAACCAUUUCCAUUCUUUCAUUAAAAAGUUUAUCUUGAUUUCUUAUUCUUCCAGUAAGUUUCUGCAUAUUUCUGCUGUUUCUGCAUAUGCCAUGUUUUUGUAUCCAUUCUUCCUUUGCUGAGACUUCUACUUCUUUCCACUUUUUUCAUUUCUUUUCAUUUCUGUAUUGCUUUAUAUUUUUAAUUUUAAAAUCUCAAAGCGGUGUGCAACAUAUAUUUAAAACAUCAAAUAAAACCAUCCAGAAUGAAACAUUCCUUAAGAAAGCCCAAUAAAGCUAAUGACUGAUUUCUAAGUGCUGGACAGAUAUAAAUGCAAGGUGUUUUUUCCCCUUCUUCAUUUAGGGGAGUUUGGAUCAGUCAUGGAAGGGAAUCUCAGCAAUCCUGAUGGAACUACCCAGAAAGUAGCUGUGAAAACUAUGAAGUGUAAGUACCAGCAGAUCUGGUAGGCCUAGAGUUGUUUUGGUUUUUUCAUAAGAAACAUUCAGAUGCCCCUAGGUGUGUUGCCAGCAGGGCCGCAUUUAGGAUUGAUGAGGCCCUAAGCUACUGAAGGUAAUGGGGCCCUUUAUAUGUCCACCUGUCCUUUCUCAACAACAAAUUGUCGCUGUUUUUUGUAAUAAAUAUAUGCUAUAUGGUAAUUUAUGGGCCUGUUGUUUUAGUCGUUUAGUCGUGUCCGACUCUUCGUGACCCCAUGGACCAGAGCACACCAGGCAGUCCUGUCUUCCACUGCCUCCCGCAGUUUGGUCAAACUCAUGCUGGUAGCUUCCAGAACAGUGUCCAUCCAUCUCGUCCUCUGUCAUCCCCUUCUCCUUGUGCCCUCCAUCUUUCCCAACAUCAGGGUCUUUUCCAGGGAGUCUUCUCUUCUCAUGAGGUGGCCAAAGUAUUGGAGCCUCAGCUUCACGAUCUGUCCUUCCAGUGAGCACUCAGGGCUGAUUUCCUUAAGAAUGGAUAGGUUUGAUCUUCUUGCAGUCCAUGGGACUCUCAAGAGUCUCCUCCAGCACCAUAAUUCAAAAGCAUCUAUUCUUCGGCGAUCAAAUUUAUGGGCCUAAUAGGUAUCUAAAGCCAUUUGCACAUAACAAAAUAUGUAUUUUAUCAAAGUAAUUGUUGAACUGAAAUACAAUUAAGAAGAAGUAUAUUAAUAGUGAAAUACAGGCAGGGCCUAUUACUUACAUCACAGGAGCCUACACAACACAAAACACUGUUGCUGUAUGUAGGUUUUAUUUUAUUUGUUUUUUAUCUUAUAUUUUGGGAAUGUACAUCCAGGUUUUUUUCCUUUAAAUUUUUUGGGGGGCCCCAAAAGAGUGGAGCCCUAAGCUAUAGCUUGUUUAGCUUAUACAUAAAUCCAGCAACGGUUCCGAGGGAGUUUUGACAGUACUGUGGAGCUCCUCUACAAAAGAAAAUAAUAGAAAAUCCUUCUAGAUUUAGAAGUCCAGCAAGUACUUCUUGGCCUAAAUAUCUCAGCACAGAAGACAUAACACUGGGUAAAAUUAUUACAAGCAGUAAUCUAAAAGCAAAGUUUUCUUCUCUGUGUGCGUGUUCCCAAGACGUGUAAAGUUACAGCGCAGAAAAUGCGUUAGGAAAAGCUGCUUGGAUAGAAAAGAGAUGAAGCUGAAAUGGAGGCCAGAGCACAAAGGACAUUGUCUUUGUUCCCCAACAUCCCAGAAACCUUUUCCUGCACACACGGAUUGGUUCCUUUUAAACCUCCCCCUUGCUCACAACUAAACUGUAUUGGUACACAGAAGGUGAUGAGAUGAACACUUGGCAGAAACAGUUUUCCAUUGUUCUUAGGGCGUCUUGUGAAGGUCACUCACAGCUGCGAACAAAUUGUGUAUCUUUUCCAUCCUGGUACAUGGUUUCAGCUUGACUAAAGCCUUGCUAAGCCUUCUGUUCCCAUGUUCCAGCAUGGGAUACAGGCAGACAAAAACAUUUCUGCCUUUAGGACAGGCCUUUGGACCUGCUUAAACCGUGAACCAGAGUUCUCUUGACGAAAGUUUGCUUCCCUCCCAACCCCACAAUUCCUGGUGUGAUUGCCUCCAUCAAAUACACAUACAUGCCCUCAAAAAUGAGCUCUGCUUUGAGAAUGGGAGCCCAGGGAGUUACAAGAAAACUGGGCUUUUCCUGCCCUAGAGUUUUUGGAACAAUGGGGAUGGCUAGGGCCAGUUCUGAGGGCAAAUCUCUCUUCCAUUCUGAUACUUCCUCUGAAUCAAUUGUCCUCAUUCCCCCAAAAGAAGGAGAGUUGGAACCUGAGGUAGUCACACAUUUCUGGUUUUGGGAAUCCAAAAUCAUAGAAUAAAUUUGCAACAGAAUCUGAUUAUAUUGGUGUUAUCUUAAAAAUAUAUAUAAUCCUGUAAGGAUCAAAGUUAGAGUUUUGGUGCUUGGGAGAUCUGGAUCCCUAUUUAGCCACAGAGUGAAAGGGUUGCUUUCUGAACACAGAAAAUCUAUCUUGAAAUAUUCAGCCAAACUAUCUAGUUGUGCCAAAAAAAUGUUGCUUAGGUAACAACUCUGGUCUGGAUAUAUGGUGACCUUUCAAUAAACUCAAAGUGUGUGUGAGGGGGGAGUCUGUUUUGUAAUUUCCAGCCAGGCAGCCUCUUCCUUUCAUAGUUAAACUGGCAAAUGCUGGAAAAAAUGUAUAUAUUAGGGCAAUGCCUUGCUUUUGCCCUCUGUUGUUCACUGUGAAAUCCUUUGGCCAUAUAAAAUAAAUUUAAUGGACUAAUUGCCACAGGCAAAGGAAUAUUUACAUUUUUUUAAAAAAAAGGGGAAGGGGAUAUUACCCUUUGUAAUAAGCAUUUUUUCCCCUUUUCUUGCAAUUUUUCAGUGGACAGUUUUUCCCAGCGAGAAAUCGAAGAGUUCCUCAGAGAAGCAGCUUGCAUGAAAGACUUCGAUCAUCCAAAUGUCAUCAAACUUCUGGGUGGGUCAACCAACAAGUGGCAGUUGUCAGGGACAAGAUUUUAUUCGUAGCAUAAGGCCGGGGUGUGGGUGGGUGUCACUAUCUCUGCGGAGGCCUAAGUAGUGGCUAUUUUGUCUGAUAAAUCAGGGUUGGGGAACAUCUAGCCUGCAAACCAAUCUGGCUGGGGUGAGGAGGGAUGCUCAGUUUGGUCCACCGGGCCGUUUUCCCUGAACCAUGCUCAGGAUUUAAUCUCCGCUCAUAAUCUGAUGAGCAGAGAUUAAAGCCCCUUGCCUUCUCCCUUAAGUAGGUGGAGACCAGGAGCCCUCCACUCCCCAUUUUCAUGAGAUAGAUGCCUUGGGAUCCUUGGGAUGAAAUUCUGCUGGACCAACCCCCCAUUCAAGUUUUCCAGCAGACAUUUGUUGAAUGAAAGCGCUGUGCUGAUUUUAUUUCCAUCCCUUCUAGGUGUGUGUAUAGAACCAAGUUCUCAGCACGUCCCCAAACCCAUGGUGAUUCUCCCGUUCAUGAAAUAUGGAGAUUUGCAUAGCUUCCUCCUUCGCUCAAGGCUUGGAAUGGGCCCACAGGUAAUCAAUUAUUUGGGAGAGAAUUGCCUUGUUGGUAGGACAGAAGACUGGGAGUCUGUCUAGAAAUGUGAUAAUAGCUUGUAUUGCUCAUAGAAUCAUAGAACCAUAGAGUUGGAAGGAAAAUAAUAAUAAUAAUAAUAAUAAUAAUAAUAAUAAUAAUAAUUUAUACCCCGCCCAUCUGGCUGGGUUUCCCCAGCCACUCUGGGCAGCUUUCAACAGAAUAUUAAAAUACAACAAUCUAUUAAACAUUAAAAGCUUCCCUAAACAGGGCUGCCUUCAGAUGUGUUUUAAAAGUCUGGUAGUUGUUUUUCUCUUUGACACCUGGUGGGAGGGCGUUCCACAGGGUGGGUGCCACUACCGAGAAGGCCUUCUGCCUGGUUCCCUGUAACUUGGCUUCUCACAGUGAGGAAACUGCCAGAAGGCCCUCAGCACUGGACCUCAGUGUCCGGGCAGAACGAUGGUGGUGGAGAUGCUCCUUCGGGUAUACUGGACCGAGGCCAUUUAGGGCUUUAAAGGUCAGCACCAACACUUUGAAUUGUGCUCAGAAACGUACUGGGAGCCAGUGUAGGAACUCCAAAGGUCAUCUAGUUUAACCCCCUGCAAUUCAGGAAUCUCAACUAAAGCAUCCAAAACAGAUAGUCAUCCAGCCUCCGCUUAAAAACCUCCAAGGAAGGAGAGUCCAGCCACCUCCUGAGGAAAGGUUGUACUGCUUGUAUUGCGAGAGAGAACAAAACCCCUGCUUCCUCCUUCUAAGAAAUGAGGAGAUCCUCAUCCGGCAACACUGUCCAGUGCAGGAAAACAUUUAGAGGCUUGAUCUGAAUCCUGCUAUGCCAUUUCAGUGUACUUUUAGCAUUGCUUUUCUGCAGCUGAGAAAACAAAACAAAAGGCAUGCUGUGCCACGCAGAAAGCAAAACUGUUUUAAGGAGGAAAAAAAAUACAAUUUGUCUGUGGUUCCAUGUAAAAAAAGGGGGGGUGAACAAAUGAACAAAUGAAGAUCUUUAAGAGAUAUGCAGUGCAAACCUAUGUAAUAAUAAUAAUAAUUUUUAUUUAUACCCCGCCCUCCCCAGACAACUUAAAAACAAGAUUAAAAUACAACAAUUAAAAUAUUGAAACAUUAAAAUAUUAAAAUGCAGCCUCAUCACAGGAGGAGAAAGGAAAAAGAAAAAAGAAAGAGGGUGAGAGAAUCAAAUUGGCUCCAAGCCAAAGGCCAGGCAGAACAACUCUGUCUUACAGGCUCUGCGGAAAGAAAUCAGAUCCUGCAGGGACCUGGUCUCAUGAGGCAGAGCGUUCCACCGAGCCGGAGCCAGUGUUGAAAAGGCCCUGGCUCUAGUUGAAGCUAAUCUAACUUCCUUAGGGCCCUGGACCUCUAGAGUGUUGCCAUUUAUGGACCUUGAGGCAUACCGGGAGAGGCGGUCCCGUAGGUACGAGGAUCCUAGGCCGUGAAGGGCUUUAAAGGUCAAAACCAGCACCUUAAAGUUCCACUGUGUUCAGUGCAGCUUAUUUCCAGGAAAGUUUCCGCAGGCUGCUAUUCUGAAUCCCGUUAGUCACCUGCCCGUAGUCACAUGACUGCACCAGCACAGGAGCUUAAGCCACAGCCACACAAGAAUAACAUCUCCUAUAAAGCAAUCUUCACCAUCCUUGGGUCCUCAGAUGUUGUUGGACUACAACUCCCAUCAUCCCUGACCAUUAGCCAUGCUGACUUAAGGACGAUGGCUGUUGUAGUCCAACAAUAUCUGGGGCCCUAAGGGUGGAGAAGGCUUUAUAAAGACACAAGGGCUCCAUCAAAGGUUCAGCGGCCAAAUUCAAUAACUGGAGGGAUACCGUUUGGCAAGAGAGGUUCAUGGAGGCAUCAGUGUGGGGGACAGUGGAGGAUAAAGGUAGACUGGCCCAUGAACCUCUUCUCACCUCUCACAAUUGCCUUGGAUGGAUAAAGGGAUGUUGCACUCUGGAACUUUAAGCGAACAGGUACUUUUGCCAGGCAGAAUGAGUAUUCAGAUCAGUUUGCUUUGUCACUUGGUUUGGAACGGGCUGGGACUUCAUUCUUGUGUGCAUCUGCUGAGCUACUGAUUCCUGACCUUUGAGUGUUGCCUACUUAUGUUGCACUUGGCGAGAUAUAAAGGCCACAAUCUUGCCAGACAGAAGGAAAUCUGAUGUCUGUUCAAAACCCCACUGAUGCUAAAGUCCAGUUGCAAGAAAUAUGACAGCUUUCUGGAAGAUUGUUCCUGUAAGUGACCAGGCUGUGGUCCUCCUUGUUAGUGUCAAAAACGGAUGGACUCUUAUCCUUGUACUGGAACAGCAGAGAAAGGCUUUAAUUGUUCUGGAGACAAGGUCUCUGGAAGAGAUGGCUGUCCUACGUUUUGUGGCGAAAGCAGUUCCGUAGUUUUCACAAAGGAGUCCUAUUGAAACAGGACAACCCACUGAAGGGCCUUUCAGUGGAAAGCAAAUCAUCACAAUAGCUGACGGUGCUCUUUUUGGUGAUAAACGAAUGGCUUAAUUUGAUUUCUCGCAUUUAUUUCACUAAAGAAAAUAUGGAGGGGAAAUGAACCCUGCUAUAAACAAAUGAUGAUUCUGUCCAGCAGCUGUAAACAAAGGAGUUGUUCAUAACUAAGCAUAUGAAUCUGCGUGAGCUGCAAACAAGUGGAAAAUUAAAUGAUGUCUUUGCAUGUAAUUGGGAAUAGUCAAAGAGAGCUUUAUCCUGCCUGCCGUUGUGCUGGACUGGAAAAUGGGGGCCACAUUUCUCCCUCUUCUAAAAGGAGCAGGAUGAAUUUCAUUUUAUCAUUUACUAGAGCCCAGCUCUGAAGCAGCACGUACGUUCAGUACAGGGUCAGUGAGGAGCUGGCUGGGGAAGAGGUUUUCUGUUGUGCAAGGAAUCCUCAGAUAUAUUUUGUCGUCAGUUCACUGAGAUACAGUGUGGUGUAGCGGUUAGAGCAUCGGACUAAGACCUGGGAGAGGAGGGUUCUAGUCCCUGCUCAGCCUCAAAGCUCACCGGCUGACCUUGGCUGGUCACUGUUCCUCAGCUUAACCUCACAGGGUUGUUGUGAAAAUAAAAAGGGGAGACUAAGAAUCAUGUACACCACCUUGAGCACCUUGGAGAAAAGGUGGAAUAUAAAUGGAAUAUAUAGAUAAGUACCUGAUAGAUUGAUAGGUAAGGAAUUAAGAAAAUUCAUGCUAGCCAGGGCCGAUAGAAAUUGGAAUCCAGGAACAUUUGGAGCGGCACCCUUGUCCUAGGAAAUGUUUAGGGAAAUGUGUUUUGGUUGCUCUUGAAUGGGUUUUCUUUCAUCCUUGUAAACAGCCUUAAACCUUUGAUUAAAAAUGGAGGUUUGUUAGUUUUCAUUACAGUGGUACCUCUGGAUGCGAACGGGAUCUGUUCCGGAGCCCCGUUCGCAUCCUGAAGUGAACGCAACCCGCGUCUGCGCGGGUCGCGAUUUGCUGUUUCCGCACAUGCGCGUCAUGUCAUUUUGAGCGUCUGCGCAUGCGCAAGCGGUGAAAUCCGGAAGUAACGCGCUCCGUUACUUCUGGGUCGCUGCAGAGCGCAACCCAAAAAUGCUUAACCUGAAGCUACUUCAACCCGAGGUGUUGUUGUUGUUGCUGCUUGUUAACAAUACGUUGAAUUCAUUACGAUUUUUCAUUUCUCCUCCUCUUUCCCAGUAUGUACCACUGCAGACCUUGUUGAAGUUUAUGAUCCAUAUUGCUCUAGGAAUGGAAUACCUCAGCAACAGGCAUUUCCUCCACAGAGACCUGGCUGCUCGAAACUGCAUGUGAGUUUCUACGUUCCUUCCUUCGACUCUUAAUAAAACAGUCCAGCUUCAGUCUUCUUUCUGGGUUUUGCCGCUCCAGAAAGAGGAAUGAAAAGUGCAUGUUAAUCUUGCUGUGAAUCUGCAGGUUUGAGUAAAAGUCAAGCAGAAACUACUUUAUUUCUGAAUUUUGGAACAUCUUUUUAGGAGCAGAUUCAGAAUAAUCAUGCUGGAACUUCAGUCUGCAGUUGCGGGGAGCGUUCAGAUUUGAAUGUUCUAUCGGAGGCAAAAAGGCUCCCUGCACUUAGAAAACUUGCACAUUAAAGAGGAAUCCUUCUCCCAAGUUUGCAAAUUUUCUGUGGCCUGGCCUAGAUGAACCAGUUACAGAGCCCAGAUCUGAGAAUCUGGGUUGCCACCGAACUGGUGAAAAGUGAUGGUGGGAAGUGGUCUCCGCUUCCUAAACUAUUUUCAUUCAAGCUGGUCAUGUGACUUUAAGAACUGGUGCCAGAGUUUGCUUGUUUUCCUCUCCUUUCUGUAUCCCUGUUUGCUUUGGUGUAAUUUAUUUUAGACUGUAAGCCUGCAGGCAUGGACUGUCUCUGAUCUUAUGCAAGCCUCUCUCAGAGCCUUUUUGGCUGAACUGCAAGGAAGAAAUGCUUCAAAUAAAAGGAUAUGCCCAAAAUGUGCCAGAAUCUGGAUCAGGUCUAGCCCAGGUUUUCCUAGCUUUUCAGACUGCUGCCUAGCAAUUUGUUGAGGCAGCGAUAAAAGAUCCUAGCAGGCCUCACCCAACAAUUGCAGCUUGUUUGGGGCUUCAAAGGGGGGGGGGGACUUUUAUUUUCUGCAGCUGCCUGGAUCCAGAACAGGCAUAGGCAAACUCAGCCCUCCAGAUGUUUUGGGACUACAACUCCCAUCAUCCCUGACCACUGGUCCUGUUAGCUAGGGAUGAUGGGAGUUGUAGUCCCAAAACAUCUGGAGGGUCGAGUUUGCCUGUGCCUGAUCCAGAACAUAUUUAUCUGUGGACCUGUGCAAUUUAUUUUAUUUUGUUUUCUCCAAUUUGUAGAUAGCCUUUGGCUGUGUAAAUGUGAUCUCAGGGUGGUUUUCGUCGAUGCACAAAAUGCAAUCGUACAUAAAAUAUAAAUUAAGAACAUACCAAUUAAAAAAGGCAAACAAUGGAGCAACAGCAUGAGAAUAAUAAAUGGGUAGAUUGAUGGGAAUCGUGGCAGGAGACCUCCCAUCAGUGCAAAUUAUUAUUUUGGAAGUGUUUGUGAGUCAUUUAAAAGGUGCAUCCAAGCUAUAAAAUUAAAGGCCUAAUUAACCCUCAAGGGCUUUCCCAGGGGUUGUGGUUUUGUGAGAAUGCUGUGAACAGUCUUAUUAGAAAUCCCUAAUCCCUUAAUAGAUCUUCAUUUUCCCAGGGUUUCUUUGUGGGAAGGACCACAUGGGUUUCAAAGCUACAUCGUUGCCAUGCCUUUUGUCUUUUCCAGAAGCCUGCACAUAAUAUUACAUAUUUCAGUUGCCUUUGUCCUUUUCACAUGAAUCUGUAUUAAUGCUACUUCAUAUUAAUCGAUGGGCAGGUUACGGGACGACAUGACUGUGUGUGUGGCAGACUUUGGCUUAUCCAAGAAGAUUUACAGCGGCGAUUAUUACCGGCAGGGGCGCAUCGCAAAGAUGCCUGUGAAAUGGAUUGCGAUAGAAAGUCUCGCCGACCGCGUCUACACGACAAAAAGCGACGUGGUACGUAAUGGGAGGGACAUUCAGUUUGGUUUGCAUUUUAAUGCACACCGAUGUAAUUCAGGCUUCCUGAAACAUUAUGCAAAAUGGAACACAGCGGUUCUUUGAAAGUUGCCCUUGUCUGAAUUUUGCAAUGCACGUCUCCACUCCUGUCACCCAAAGAAAGUAUAUAUCAGGGGAAUGUAUGCAUAAAAAUGAAUAUAUUGGUGGAAAUAAUAUACACAAGUAUGUUUUAUUUGGAGCAAUUAGUCCCCAAAAGUGUAUACAGUGGACGCUCGGGUUGCGAACAUGAUCCGUUCACAACCCGCAGCGCCACUUCUGCGCACGUGCAGGUCGCGAUUAGGCGCUUCUGCACAUGUGCAAAGCGCAGUUUAGUGCUUUUGCGCAUGCGCGAGCGCCAAAACCCGAAAGUAACCCGUUCCGGUACUUCUGGGUUCAGUGCAGUGCGCAACCCGAAAAGGCACAACCUGAAGCAUCUGUAACCCAAGGUAUGACUAAUAGGAUAAAUGCACCCUGAAAUUCGCAAACUGGUGCAGAAAAUGUAGCAAACUGAAUACUAUAUGAGAUUGGGGGAAACGAGAAAUUCAUGCAACAUCUAUCCAUUCGUUUGAACUGAAAAAGGAGCCCUUAUAUACUCAUGUCCGUUUUGACGCUUGCCUGUGCACCUAGUUCUGAUGCAGCAGAAGGGCAUCUGAUGAAGUUGACAACACCUACAACCCACCCACCCCCAAAUGUGAGCUUCACUGCAUUUGUACCAAACACAAAUAGAAUUUUCAAACAAUGUAUGAAGGAACAGAGCCCAAUCCUAGCUUCCUUUGGGCAUCAGUCUCACCGAGUUCAGUGAGAUUUAUUCCCAGGUCAGUGUGUUUAGGGUUGCACUUUAGGAGAUAAUCUUUCCCAAGGUAUUCUGUAACGCCAACUAAAUAUAUGUUUAUCUCUGUGUUCCCUGCAGUGGGCUUUCGGUGUUACAAUGUGGGAGAUAGCGACCCGAGGGAUGACUCCAUACCCAGGAGUGCAGAACCAUGAAAUUUACGACUACCUCCUUCAUGGGCACAGGCUGAAGCAGCCAGAAGGCUGCUUAGAUGAGUUGUAAGUAUUUUAUCUCACUGCAGUAAUAAUGCAUAGGAAGCGCUGUAUAUACUUGAGUAUAAGCCGACCUGAAUAUAAGCCGAGGCACCUAAUUUUACCACAAAAAAACUGGGGAAGCAUAUUGACUCGAGUAUAAGCCGAUUCACCACACCACAAACCUCCUGGUGGGCCAGAGUGUGUGUGUGUGUGUGUGUGCGCGCGCAUGCACAUGCGCACACGGCAGAGGGGGCUUCUCUCUCCUCCCCAGCCCCCCCCCCGUCCCCCUGCCUACCUAGGGUGGUGCCAAGGGGCAGAGGCUGGUGGCGACAGUGGCGGAGGAAGAACAAGCAGCCCGAAAGGUCUGCUUUCAGGCUGCUCGUCCUCCGCUGCCGACCGCGGCAAAGGCGGAGGAGGGGGAGGAAGGAGCAGCCCGAAGAAGAAGAAGAAGAGUUUGGAUUUGAUAUCCUGCUUUAUCACUGCCCGAAGGAGUCUCAAAGCGGCUAACAUUCUCCUUUCCCUUCCUCCCCCACAACAAACACUCUGGGAGGUGAGUGGGGCUGAGAGACUUCAGAGAAGUGUGACUAGCCCAAGGUCACCCAGCAGCUGCAUGUGGAGGAGCAGAGACGCGAACCCGGUUCACCAGAUUAUGAGUCUACUGCUCUUAACCACUACACCACACUGGCUCUCGAGUAUAAGCCAAGGGGGGCUUUUUCAGCAUAAAAAAUGUCCUGGAAAAGUAGGCUUAUACUUGAGUCCAGCAUUGGUCCAGCAUAGUAUUGUUUGUGUUCACUCGCAGUGGCUCUCCAGGGUUAUAGACAGGGGUCUGAACCACCCCUUCCUGGGGAUUGAACCUGGGACCUUCUGCAUUCAAAGCAGAUGCUCCACCACUGAGCUACAUACAGCCCUUCCCUGUAAUUUGGCUGAGAUUCUGCAGUAAUGCAAAAGACAAUGGUUUGCUCAAGACAAUUGUCACUGCUGCAGUCUGCCAGCUUGGGAAGCUGGAAGCUCUGAGGUCUGUUUGUUUCUUCGCUUGACCUUCUUCACCACUCCUGAUUCCCAGCAUUUUGAAUGCUUUGUCUCCUGUAUGUUUCUGAGUAUUAUGCGCCAUACAUAUAAAGGUAAAGGGACCCAUGACCAUUAGGUCCAUUCGUGACCGACUCUGGGGUUGCGGCGCUCAUCUCGCUUUAUUGGCCGAGGGAGCCGGCGUACAGCUUCCGGGUCAUGUGGCCAGCAUGACUAAGCUGUUUCUGGCGAACCAGAGCAGCGCACGGAAACGCUGUUUACUUUCCCACCGGAGCGGUACCUAUUUAUCUACUUGCACUUUUGACGUGCUUUUGAACUGCUAGGUUGGCAGGAACAGGGACCAAGCAACGGGAGCUCACCCCGUCGCGGGGAUUCAAACCGCCGACCUUCUGAUUGGCAAGUCCUAGGCUCUGUGGUUUAACCCACAGUGCCACCCGCAUCCCUACAUAUACAUGGUAUCAUAUCCCAUUUUUGACCACUUGGUCCUCAAAAUGCAACAUUGAGGCAUCGUUCUGCUAUAGCUCCUCCUCCUUAUAACAUCUCCUUCUCCACUAUGUUGGAGGAUCCUCAUGGUGAAGGGAAAGAUAAGGAGUCUAAUAAAUAAUAAAGAGAAUUCCUCUCCAGUACACACCCAAGUAAAAUUAAAAACCACUCCCAGAGCUAUUUUAUUUGUCUUCCACCUUCCUUCUUUCAUGGAACUCAAAGGCAGCGCACCUAGGACUCCCAAUCAAGCACUGGCCGGGCCAAAAACACUUUAGCCUCAGCAGGUGGCUGCACCACCUCAGCUCAGACUCAUGUCAACAUCAGCAACCAUAAUUUAUUACUGAUUAGAGCAGAGUUUCCCAAACUUGAGUCUCCAGUUGGACUACGAUUCCCAUCAUCCUUAAGCUAGCAGGACCAGUGGUCAGGGAUGAUGGGAACUGUAGUCCAAAAACAGCUGGAGACCCAAGUUUGGGAAACUAUGGAUUAGAGAGAGAGCCUCCAUUGUUCUCUCCACUCCAAAACAUUGUUCCCAAGGCACAGGUGUAUUUGCUUUUACUGCUGCUGUUCUGGUGAGACUCUAUUGUAUUUUUUAAUUGCUUUAAAAGUUGUAAGCCCCGGCAGGAAGAAUUUUGGCCAAUAAAUCUCUAAAGCAAACAGAACGUGCUUCACUCCACCCUGUUCCUUUCUACCUCAGGUACGAAAUAAUGUACUCUUGUUGGAGGGCAGAUCCCGCGGAGCGGCCCGUCUUCUCCGAACUCAAGCUUCACCUGGAGAAGCUGUCGGAAAGUUUGCCCGCCCUCAGCGAACCCGAGGACGUAAUUUAUAUUAACACCAGCCUGAUGGAGGACAGUGUGGAAGAGCUGACAGAAGACUCCGAGUUUCCCCGGAUAGACACGGACCUUGACCCUAACCACAUCAUAGAGUCCUGUUCCCAAAAACCAGAGACCACUGUGGUCACCGUGGACGUCCAUGACAGCAAUGGGAUGGGGGACAGAUACAUUUUGAGUGGGGCUAACGAAGAUCACCUCAGCAGCAUGAGGAGAUCAGAAGACGAAGAUACCCCUUUGCUUCAGCACACACCCUCACAGAACGGACUGCUGUGGUCUCAGGCCAGCACCCUUCCUGUCGGCAGCACGUUAGCCGGUGAACUACUGUACGCGGACGACUCUUUGGAGGACUCUGAGAUUCUGCUGUGAAAGAAGGAGCAGGACUUUCCGAGCUCUUCGGCCAGAAAUGUUCUGAAUGGACUUGUCUUGCCCUUGCCGUGCAAAGCCAGCCCUGUGUAGCAAGCCUUGUGUACAGCAUGUGAUUAAUAGAAUGUUCUAUCUCUGUUUUGUAUAAUAUGGUAUCUUUAUAGAGAUUAUAUUUUAAUAAACAACACCCCCAUUA